AUGUCGGAGACUGAGAAGGUCCAGAGGGACAUCCUGUCCCUGGUGGAGCAGCACCCAGAGGGAAUCCCCCUGAAUAAGCUGACGGUGGCCUACAGCCAGAAGUACCACCGCAACCUCACCCUGUCCUCCCUGGGCUUCAGCUCCAAAUCUAGCCUGGUGGCCUCUCUGGACGGGGAGCUCUGUGUGGACGGGGACCUAGUCUUCCAUAGGACCCAUAGAGGAGCUGCUGGAGCUCCAGCACAGGCAGGGGGAGACCAGGUUAAUAACAUACCCCACAGACCUCGGUCUGGGAAGGACCCACCAUCGAGGACCCUCACCCCCAGAGCUGUACCACUGAAAACCCCACCUCCGUCUACUGCCCCGAUCAGCUGUGGUUCUGGGUCUGAUCCCCUACAACCGGCCCCAGGCUCUUGCUAUGGGCAUCCCCCAAGCUCGGGGUCCUCCAUUGGGGCUACCUGUCCUUCUAUUCCCCCCUCUGCUGUCCCUCGCUCCUCCCCUCUCCUCUCCUUCUCCAGCACAGUGAAAGAGAAUGAAGAGGUGACUCAGGAAGAGCUACUAGACAGAGUUAGAGAAGUAUGUUAUUUUUCAUGAUGUUUUCGUUUUGAAAGUUGUUUCUGUUUUAUUAUAUUAUCUCUCUAGGCCGUUGCUGGAAAGAGAUUAUUGUUGUUAGAAUUGCCUGGUAUAAAUAAGGGUUAAAAAUCAUACUUAUUUCUUAAAAACAUACUGUUCUCAAAUCUGUUGUUCUGAAUGUUGCUUUUUGUAUUGUAAAGUGGUUGGUGUAUUGUUUUGAGUGCACGUUUAAAUAAAGCUUGAUUGGAUGUGAUGUAGGUGAUAAAGGUGUACCCCCCUGCCGCCACAACCGUCGUCCAGCUACAGAACGGCUACUUCCUGCGCUUUGGGAAGCCACUUCCUCUCCAGCAGUACAGGUCUCUGUACGACAACCAUGAGAAACGACCUGCAGCACCCUGCUCAGCUGUAGACCAGGGAAAGACCGGAGCAGAGAAACCAGCAGGUAGAGAGACCAUCAUAACUCAUAAUGUUAAGAAGUUGUAGCUGAGCAGCUGCCAUGCUGGCUGGUUCAAUAUUGACUGUAUAUGUUGAAAUGACCUUGCAAUUGAACUGUUAACUCAGAUUUGACCCAUUUAACUAUCUGUCUCUCUCAGCCACUCCAAAGAAGACCGAGAGUGAGGAACAAUCUGCCCCUUCCACACCCCUGAACAACGGAUACAUACGGGGCCGGGUGCGCUCUAAAACAAGGUCCCCCCUGCUACAAACAACGUCACCAAUUCCAUCCUCGUCCCCGUUACUCUCCCAGCCCCCCGUCACGCCCCAAACCCCCCAGCCUGGUACCUCCGCGUCGGACUCUGACUUCCCAGCGCUGAAUGCGGAGCUGAGGAUGACCAAAGCCCAAGAGCGGAGGCUGCUAGCUGUGGGACAGAGGGAAGGAAACUCCCCUGUCUUCAGAGAGGCCUACCAGGCCCAGCUCAGGGAAGUGCAUGGGGCUAACGUGCGAGCUGUGGAGGCGCAGGCUGAGGCUGAGGAGGAGGAGGAGGAAGAUGGGAUGAGGAGGAGGAGGAGGAAGAAGGCUCUGGAUCCUGAGGCGGUGAACAGUCUGGUGGAGGACGUCAUACGAGACAUCGCAGCCGAGGGAGAACUUGUCACCAGAGAGAAGGUGACAAUCUUUCCCCACUCCCCUUAUUUACCUGGAAUUACAACACACACAAAACACUACAAUUUAUUUUCAAGAGGCACCACCUAGUGGACACUUUGGGAUAUUCUGCUGUCACUCCAGCCUCUUUCUCUGCUUCUCAACCUACAGUGAGGAGAAAAAAGUAUUUGAUCCCCUGCUGAUUUUGUAUGUUUGCCCACUGACAGACAUGAUCAGUCUAUAAUUUUAAUGGUAGGUUUAUUUGAACAGUGAGAGACAGAAUAACAACAACAAAAUCCAGAAAAACGCAUGUCAAAAAUGUUAUGCAUUCAUUUGCAUUUUAAUGAGGGAAAUAAGUAUUUGACCCCUCUGCAAAACAUGACUUAGUACUUGGUGGCAAAACCCUUGUUGGCAAUCACAGAGGUCAGACGUUUCUUGUAGUUGCCCACCAGGUUUGCACACAUCUCAGGAGGAAUUUUGUCCCACUCCUCUUUGCAGAUCUUCUCCAAGUCAUUAAGGUUUCUAGCCUGACGUUUGGCAACUCGAACCUUCAGCUCCCUCCACAGAUUAUCUAUGGGAUUAAGGUCUGGAGACUGGCUAGGCCACUCCAGGACCUUAAUGUGCUUCUUCUUGAGCCACUCCUUUGUUGCCUUGGCUGUGUGUUUUGGGUCAUUGUCAUGCUGGAAUACCCAUCCACGACCCAUUUUCAAUGCCCUGGCUGAGGGAAGGAGGUUCUCACCCAAGAUUUGACGGUACAUGGCCCCGUCCAUCGUCCCUUUGAUGCGGUGAAGUUGUCCUGUCCCCUUAGCAGAAAAACACCCCAAAGCAUAAUGUUUCCACCUCCAUGUUUGACAGUGGGGAUGGUGUUCUUGGGGUCAUAGGCAGCAUUCCUCCUCCUCCAAACACGGCGAGUUGAGUUGAUGCCAAAGACCUCGAUUUUGGUCUCAUCUGACCACAACACUUUCACCCAGUUCUCCUCUGAAUCAUUCAGAUGUUCAUUGGCAAACUUCAGACGGGCCUGUAUAUGUGCUUUCUUGAGCAGGGGGACCUUGCGGGCGCUGCAGGAUUUCAGUCCUUCACGGCAUAGUGUGUUACCAAUUGUUUUCUUGGCGACUAUGGUCCCAGCUGCCUUGAGAUCAUUGACAAGAUCCUCCCGUGUAGUUCUGGGCUGAUUCCUCACCGUUCUCAUGAUCAUUGCAACUCCACGAGGUGAGAUCUUGCAUGGAGCCCCAGGCCGAGGGAGAUUGACAGUUAUUUUGUGUUUCUUCCAUUUGCGAAUAAUCGCACCAACUGUUGUCACCUUCUCACCAAGCUGCUUGGCGAUGGUCUUGUAGCCCAUUCCAGCCUUGUGUAGGUCUACAAUCUUGUCCCUGACAUCCUUGGAGAGCUCUUUGGUCUUGGCCAUGGUGGAGAGUUUGGAAUUUGAUUGAUUGAUUGCUUCUGUGGACAGGUGUCUUUUAUACAGGUAACAAGCUGAGAUUAGGAGCACUCCCUUUAAGAGUGUGCUCCUAAUCUCAGCUCGUUACCUGUAUAAAAGACACCUGGGUGCCAGAAAUCUUUCUGAUUGAGAGGGGGUCAAAUACUUAUUUCCCUCAUUUAAAAUGCAAAUCAAUUGAUAACAUUUUUUUGUUGUUAUUCUGUCUCUCACUGUUCAAAUAAACCUACCAUUAAAAUUAUAGACUGAUCAUGUCUUUGUCAGUGAGUGGGCAAACGUACAAAAUCAGCAGGGGAUCAAAUACUUUUUUCCCUCACUGUAGGUCCCAGAGGGCCGUUUUCCAACUUGCCUUUUGUUGUGUUCUUGGGAUGGUUUUAACCCCUUCCUCCCUGUCCUGUUCUGUCCUGUGCCCAGGUGAUCUCCAGGGUGUGCAGGCUGAUGCAGAUCCCCUCUCUGGAGGCAGGCAGGAUAGACCUCCGCUGGCAGAUACCAGCUCUGAAUGACCUGCAACGCACCCUUCGAGAGAUCAACAUGUUCAUAGAGGUCAGGAUGCUCACACACACACAAAGCACCUGCAACGCACUUUCAAAUCAACAUGUUCAGUUUGCACACAUACGCACGUUCAGUUUUUAAACUGAAGAAUCGGAUCAUUAACUGGCGUGUAUCCAUAUCUCUCUCAGUCUGUAGACGCUGUGAAUGCGACGUGUACCCUGUAUGAGUUGGGUCAGAACCUGGCUGGUCUGAAGAACAAGAAGCGUUUUGAGGAGCUGAACCUGGGGCCGCUGUGUAAACUGCCUCUCAUCCAUCGCAUGUUCAAGAUGGACAGCAACACCAAGGACGAGGACAUUCACCAAAUAGAGACUGUUGACAUACUGAGGGUAAGAGAGACAUUGAACACAUAGAUACUGUGGACAUAUUGAGGGCAAGAGAGACACUCCUAGAGAGACAUUCACCAGAUAGAGGCUCUUGACUAUCUUACUUUGUCAUUGUUUCUCUAACUGGGGGCCAGGUAUAAUUGUCCAUUACUUGGAACACCCAGUGUGGGUGGCUGUCUUUUUCAUGGUCCUUUGAGCCAGAUUUAGGCAAAGCGACAGGCAGAGUAAGGGCUUUGGUAGUAUAUAAAUAAAUAGAUAAAGAUAUGUGGCUAUUUUUCUUGAUUGUUUGUUGUGCUGUAUUUUAGGUUGAUCUGAUUUUGAUUAGAUUGUGUCUAUGAAUUGUAAGUGCAGGGCUCCCUUGCGAAAGAGACCCUGAGGUGACUCCCUAAUUUAAAUAAAGGUAAAAAUAUAUAUAUAUAUUGAUCGAACAAUCUUUUUCCUGUCUCCUCCUUCCAGAGUCUGCGUGUGUUCAGGAGGAAACAGACUAAGCCCAAGGUGGACCUGGCUGAGUUUAUGAAGCACCUAUCUGACCAGUAUAGCUGUGACUCUCCCUACGAACUGGGCAUUCGUAUACACAGCGUGGGCCUGCCCAUAGCCGUAAGUUUUGAGUUUCGCGGAGGUAUAAGUUCCAAGUGUUGGAAUAUGAUCAGAGGUUAUGAAUCUGUAUGAAUCUCUUAUUUGAAAUAACAUUAUUAUUGUUGUUAUUAUAUCUCAUUCAUGUCUCCUCCUCCCCCAGACCUUACAGAAGGCGGUGAGCUCAGAACAUGUGUGUAUGGAGCGUGCCCGGGAGGCCAUCCAGAGGGAGUUGGAGGAGGAGGUGGGGGAGAGGAUGAGGAAGAUGAAGAGGGGCGUGAUGGAGGGAGCACAGGGUCCCGUCCUCUUCUCCUCUUUCGGGAGUGCCGAGCUGAGGAAGAAAUACGUUACUAUGACUGCAGCCGAGGCCGUGCUCGAGGUCUUCACCAACGCAUCUGGGGUCUUCAACCCUAAGAUGACCAAGGUGAUUGGUUGGUUGAUUGAUGGAUAGGUUAAUUAAUUGAUUAACAUAUGACGACAAAACAACACUUAUGGAUGGGGGGUUGGAUGUUUUUUGGUUGGGUGGUUGGUUUAAUCAGGUGGGUUAGAGCUGGGCGGGAAGCAAAGCCUGCAAACCCUGUAGAUGACCAGGGCUGGGGUUCACUAUUUUAAACACUCACUUUUAACUAACAUUUGCUGUGGCUGCUGUGCUUGUAUGAUGUUUCUUGCAGAAUGCAGCCUUGGUGCACCAUGGCUUGGUGUCACUGUUGCGAUCCUGUACUCAGUAGGAGUAGGUAAACCCUGUGACGUUGGUGCAGGGUUUUGUGCCAUCAUUUGCAUGAAUGCCUCAGAGACGUUGUGGUCAAGUUCGGUCCAGUUUAUUUUGCCACUCAUUCCUUGUGAUGUUGGAGGAGAGUUUUGUGCAUACAGUUGCCGGAAUGCCUGAUAGGCUUUGGUCCAGUCUCUUUUUCGGUCAUCCACUGAUCUUUUCCUUGCUUGAGCAACAGAGGAUUUUUCACAUUCCUCAAAAACGUGCAUUUUGGCAGCUGAUGCAGCCAUCUCAGCUUCCAUUUCCAAGAAUUCCCUUUUUGCCUUUAAUUGGGUUUCUUCCAUAUCAAGGGCAUGUCUAUUUUCCAAAGCUUUAGCUUCAAAGCAGCGUGCUCAGCCUGUGCUUUCAUUCUAGCACUGGAUGCCCUUGACCUUGUGCUGGAUGCACAUUCCUUUUUUGAUACAACAGAGACACUGUCAUCUGGACCAAUGACACUUUGCAGGUGGGAAUUACCUUUCACUUGAUCAAGAAAUUCCUUAAAGCAAUAGUUUUGGUUCAUACCAAUCGGCAUGAUCAGACUCUCUUUCCUCUUCAGGCAACAUUUUAUGCACAGCCACAUGCAGUUCCAUAAAGUCAGCCAAUAAACCAUUGAACACCUCAACAUUAGUACUGACAACUUCAACAUUUUCGCCACCAUCCAUCAAUGCUUGAAUUGCAUUCUUCUUCUUAAUUAACGUUGCAAGCUUCCAUCGUCGGGCGCCAAUCAACUUGUACAACUUUUUCUCAUCCAGCUCAUUCAGACCUUCAGAAUGAGGAUCCGACAUUUCCAUUCACUAUUUUCAGUUCCACACUUCAAUAUCAACAGUGCAUUUCCAAUAGCGCCUAAUGAACCCAUUCACAGUUGAAUAGCUUGCGACGUUUGCUUCCAAAACAGACGCAUCAAACAUUUCCAAACCAACAAUCACAAAAGAGCAGAUUAGCUUGCACAUUAUACCGGUAUUGUACUCAGUCUUUAAUUUCAUUAUCUUUUUGUGGUUUUUACCCCCUUUUUCUCCCCAAUUUUGGGAUUACGAUCUUGUUUCAUUGCUGCAACUCCCCAACGGGCUCGGGAGAGGUGAAGGUCAAGUCAUGCGUCCUCCAUAACAUGACCCGCCAAGCCACGCUUCUUAACACCCGCCCGCUUAACCCGGAAGCCAGCUACACCAAUGUGUCGGAGGAAACACCGUUCAACUGACGACCGAAGUCAGCCUGCAGGCACCCGGCCCGCCACAAGGAGUCGCUAGAGCGCGAUGAGCCAAGUAAGGCCUCCCCGGCCAAACUCUCCCCUAACCCGGACAACGCCAAUUGUGCGCCACCCUAUGGGACUCCCGGUCACGGCUGGUAAUGACACAGCCUGGGACACCCCAGGCUGUAGUGACGCCGCAACACUGCGAUACAGUGCCUUAGACCGCUGCGCCACUCGGGAGGCCACUCACUGUCUUUUUCGUCAGCGCUGCUUCGCUCCAAGUGGCUUGAUAAAUCUAUUAAGUGUGGAACUCCAUUUAAAUCCAUGGCAAUUGCACUUGUCACUAAUGCCUUUUCACUGACUUCUGUAGGUGCCUCCUCCUCAGUCGGCUUGUGGUUUUUCUUAUCCAUUUCAAAGUAUAACAAACUGGGGUUCUUGCUCAUACAGUGCAUUCGGAAAGUAUUCAGACCCCUUGACUUUUUCCUCAGUUUGUUACGUUACAGCCUUAUUCUAAAAUUGAUUUAAAUAAAACAUUUUCCUCAUCAAUCUACAUACAAUACCCCAUAAUGACAAAAUAAAAAACGAAUACCUUAUUUACGUAAGUAUUCAUACCCUUUGCUAUGAGACUCGAAAUUGAGCUAAGGUGCAUCCUGUUUCCAUUGAUCAUCCUUGAUGUUUCUACAACUUGAUUGGAGUCCACCUGUGGUAAAUUCAAUUGAUUGGACAUGAUUUGGAAAGACACACACCUGUCUAUAUAAGGUCCCACAGUUGACCGUGCAUGUCAGAGCAAAAACCAAGCCAUGAGGUCGAAGGAAUUGUCUGUAGAGCUCCGAGACAGGAUUGUGUCGAGGUACACUUCCCCAAACAUUUCUGCAGCCUUGAAGGUCCCCAAGAACACAGUGGCCUCCAUCAUUCUUAAAUGGAAGACAUUUGGAACCACCAAGACUCUUCCUAGAGCUGGCCUCCCAGCCAAACUGAGCAAUCGGGGGAGAAGGGCCUCUUGGUCAGGGAGGUGACCAAGAACCCGAUGGUCACUCUGACAGCACUCCAGCGUUCCUCUGUGGAGAUGUUAGAACCUUCCAGAAGGACAACCAUCUCUGCAGCACUCCACCAAUCAGGCCUUUAUGGUAGAAUGGCCAGAUGGAAGCCACUCCUCAGUAAAAGGCACAUGAUAGCCCACUUGGAGUUUGCCAAAAGGCACCUAAAGGACUCUGACCAUGAGAAACAAGACUCUGGUCUAAUGAAACCAAGAUUGAACUCUUUCGCCUGAAUGCCAAGCGUCACGUCUGGAGGAAACCUGGCACCAUCCCUACGGUGAAGCAUGGUGGUGGCAACAUCAUGCUGUGUGGAGGUUUUUCAGCGGCAGGGACUGGGAGACUAGUCAGGAUCAAGGGAAAGAUGAACGGAGCAAAGUACAGAGAUCCUUGAUGAACCUGCUCCAGAGCGCUCAGGACCUCAGACUGGGGCGAAGGUUCACCUUCCAACAGGACAACAACCCUAAGCACACAGCCAAGACAACGCAGGAGUGGCUUCGGGACAAGUCUCUGAAUGUCCUUGAGUGGCCCAGUCAGAGCCCGGACUUGAACCCGAUCAAACAUCUCUGGAGAGACCUGUAAAUAGCUGUGCAGUGACGAUCCCCAUCCAAUCUGACAGAGCUUGAGAGGAUCUGCAGAGAAGAAUGGGAGAAACUCCCCAAAUACAGGUGUGCCAAGCUUGUAGCAUCAUACCCAAGAAGACUUGAGACUGUAAUCGCUGCCAAAGGUGCUUCAAUAAAGUACUGAGUAAAGGGUCGAAAUACUUAUGUUAUCAGUUUUCAUUUUUAAUAAAUUUGCAAACAUUUCUAAAAACCUGUUUUUGCUUUGUCAUUAUGGGGUAUGUGUUUAGAUUGAGGGGGGGGGGGGACAAUUUAAUCAAUUUUAGAAUAAGGCUGUAACGUAACAUAAUAUGAAAAAAGUCAAGGGGUCUGAAUACUUUCCGAAUGCACUGUAUGUCCCCUUGUGAGACAUCCAAAGCACAGUCCUUAGCUUUUGAAAAAGGCAACUUUAUCCUUGUUUGCCUGUGUUUCAACUUCUGGCAGAGAUCCAAUGCAUGAACACUAUCACAGAAAAUGCAAUGUUUCUUAAAAACACCUAAAAUGUUGUCCUCUUGCUUUUUAAAAACUUAAAUGUAGCGGCUUUCGAAUAGCCGUGGGAAAACCAGUUGCAAGAUUUGAGACGCACAUCCAAAAUCCAAUAGAAAGUCAAGAAUCCAAUGGCUUGAUGAAUAAAACUUAAAACGUUUUAUUUGUAGAAUCCAAAAUGAUAAGUGCAAGGUAAACAAAGGUUCCAAUAUUCAAUUUAAACUAAAAAGAUCAAGGUAAGACAUAUGUGCGUUUCAAAUCUUGCAACUGGUUUUAAGUUACUCAAAAUGGAGCAAUAUGACCAAAUAAUCAAAUAUUUGCAUAACCAAAGAAACUGACUCCAACAGUUACAAAUGUUUAGAUUUCUAAAGGUCAAACUCUGACCCUAGAAUCCCUCCUCCCUAAAUCUAGCAGAAACCUCAUUAACCUUCUCUCUAUUACCCCUCAGGAGGCUGCUCUGAUCCCUGUCUCUGCUAGGGGACUUUGUGUAAAACUUGUCUGGAAUUUAGCUGGUUAUCCCCCAUGACAUGUCACACCAUGCCCUGGCUUUUAUUUGACACUGGGUGAUAAUUCCACUAAGCCCCUGCUUCGGUCCACGAGCAAGAGGGGCCGAGUAAGAGAGAGGUGGAUCACAGUCAGAUGAGUGUGUGAACGACUGUGCCUCUUCUCCGCUUAUUAAGGAAAUGUCACUGUAAGUAAUAAUUGCUAAUUGGCUAAUCCUAAACAAGCCAGAGGAAAAGGUUGUUAGUGAACAAAACGCUGGCUGGCUGACCUGUUUUAGCUGUAGCUGUUUCAGCCUGAGGCUGGUAUGCUUUGUUGAAUAUGUUCCACUGUCACAUCACAUUUUUCCGGCCCACAAAUGUAAUUUGACAAACAAAUCUGCCCACACUGUCUUAUUUAGGAUGAUGUCUUGCGUCUGAGGUUUACUCUAAUGCCGUAAUGUGACUGACGGAGUGUGCUGUCAUUUCCUGUCUAGUCGGUGCAGGACUUCAUGCUGCGGGUGUCAGCUGACCGUCUGGCCAGGGCCUUGUUCCAGCUGGCUAUCUGUGGGGGGUCGCUGGCCGCCCCUCAGGACCUGGUGCCCAAAGAGAAGCCAGCCAGACCCACUCAGGAGAGGAGAGCUGAGGAGAAAACACAGGCUACACCACCCAGCGAAGGUAGCUGCUAACAUCAUUCAUUAUCAGUGUCUCACUCCGUUUCAAUGAUAAGAUUAAGUGUAGGUUGGGGAUCUUGAAAUUGUUAAAAAGUCCUAUCAUAUGACAGUGAAUGUACAACAAGGACCUUUGUGUUUGCAUGUACGUGUGUGUCUCAGCCGCAGUCAAGCAGAUCCUGAAGGAGAACCUGUCCAAUCACAGCUCUGCAUUCACCCUGGGCCAUGUGGCGUCUCUGGAGAGGAAGUUAGCCAAGCACUUCCAGGUCACAGAGUUCACCUCUCUGGAGCAGGGCUCAUUCCUGGAGUUCCUGGUCAAACAGGCUCAGGUAACAUAAACGACUUAUCUUCUAAUCUUUCUGUCUGUUCAAUCACUCUCCUGUUCUACUCCUCUCCCGUCACCCCUCUUCCUUCAGUGGUCAUGAGGGAAAAGAGGCGAGGAGAGGAACCAUUCUAGAGUGCAUUUGUGCGUCCCAAAUAGCACCAUAUUCCCUAUAUAUAGUGCACUACUUUUGCCUGUGCUCUGGUCAAAAGUAGUGCACUAAAUAGUAGUGCACUAAAUACGGACUAGGGUGUGAUUUCGGACAGAGCCUGAUACUCCUCAUGCUGUAUUGAUGAAUCCAUCCUCUCCUCUGUCUGUGUGCAGGUCCUGCAGGAGACAGUAGGUGGCGCUGUGGUCGUGGGCAGUAGUAGUGGUGGAGGUCAGGACUGGCAGGGCCAGGGCUGUGGCUUCAGACCCAGCAGACAAGAUGUGUUUGAGUUCAUCAAACAGUGUGGCACUACAGCAGCCAACGAACCAGACGGGGUGAGUGAGACGCGGGGUCACGCUCGCACACACACACCACACACUCCUAUUGAUUACUAUGAUGGAGAAAGUACAUAAAUAAAAAAACUUCUAAAUGUCUGUACUGAUAAUGUUUGUUGAUCUCUCGAUCUCUGUGGGUGUGUUUCUCCCAGCUGUCCCACAUCGAGUGGUGUCUGAGAGCCCACUACGGGGUGAGGGACAGUCGAGACCUGGGGCUGGGACCUCUUAGGACCUUGGUGGGACUGGUGCAGCGCCAGAGAGAGCUCAGUCUGGGAGGAGGGCUCAGCCAGGUCCGCUACGAGGCAGCUCUACUCCCCAGAGACACCAGGUAAGAGGGUGUGUCCCAAAUGGCACUCUAUUCCCUAUAUAGUGCACUAUCCCUCCACUAUGUAGGGAAUAGGGUAUCAUUUGGGGAAAAAAACAGACUCACACCUCUCUUACAGUACAGUACAGAGGAACUUUGGUGGCAGAUUGGGUGUAUGGCCUUUAAUUGGACUGAUCUAAUCAAAUGUCAAUCUCCUUUUCACUCAUCUCUCACCCCUGUUCACUCUUUCUUUUUCUCUCACUCCUUCCAUGCUCUAUUACUCUACCCCUUCUCUCCCUCUCUUCCCCCUCUCUCUCUCCCUCUCUUCCCCCUCUCUCUCGCUCUCUCUCUCUGUCUGUCUGUCCCCAGUAGCAGUAGUAUAGGUGAGGCCCAGCAGACGGUGGGUAUCCUAGGGGAGGUAUCUCAGACCCAGGCCUUGUCCUGUCUCUUCUCCUGCCCUCUACUGGAUGAGCUGGGUCAGUGGAGCCAGUGGGAGCUGGUCUUCAGGCCCCGCCACGGACCCCUUAAGGACUUCAUUGACAGGAAUGCUGGUAGGAACCAUACACAGCAAUUACAAAUUGACCUCCUAUCACCUACAGUCUUAGACAGGGGUUGUAGAGUUGCCGAUAGUAAUGUAUCUGUUAAAGGCCAAUAAUGUUUGAUCAUGUUGGUGGGCUUAUCUACAGACAUUUCGUUUCUUGUGUUUUUUUGUUCUAAAUUGAAAAUCGAUACACAAUUGAUCAUAAUAAAUAUACAUGACAUGUCCAUCUGUUGUGGGGAAGCGAGCACAGACCUGUCAGCGUUGGAGGUGUCCCCAGGCGUUCUCCUGCGGGUCACCACCUGUACAGGGGACAAGCUCUUCUCCCAGGCAGCCAUGACCCUUGACCCCGUGGGCACAGCCGGACACCUGGUCUCCAUGGUGGUGGCUGAUGGGAUAGCCAACACCCCCACCGCCCUCCUGGCCAAUCACAUGGAGAGCUCUCUGGCAGCGGCGGUAGCGAAGGAAGGUAAGAAUGCGAUGGGGUACUUGAUAUCGUGAUUAUUUGCAUCAAUCCAAACUGCUUCAUGAGCGCUACAGAAACAUUGCUAACCAAAAAAAGGUAUCUUGCUGGUGUGCACUUGCAUUAAAUUAACUACACCCAAAAAUCUAGUUUUUACCAGACCUCAAAAGUGGUCUCCUGAUGUGGUUUAAGCAUUGUUGUGGACUUAGAACAUCCAAUUAUGUUGUUUUUCUAUGAAAAAGUGUGAUUUCCAGGGCUUAACAUUCAAGUAAAUUUGGCACACCGGGCCAGUACCACUACUGUCCCGAAUGAGAAGAUUACUGGCCCAAGAUCAAAUUGUAUUUGUCACAUGCGCCGAAUACAACAGGUGUAGAUCUUACAGUGAAAUGCUUACUUACAAGCCCUUAACCAACAAUGCAGUGUUAAGAAAAUAUUGACUAAAUAAAAUAAAAAAGUAACAUAAUAACAAUAACUAGGCUAUAUACAGGGGGUACCGGCACUGAGUCAAUGUGCGGGGGGUACAGGUUGUCGAGGUAAUUUGUACAUGUAGGUAGGGGUGAAGUGACUAUGCAUAGAUAAUAAACAGCGAGUAGCAGCACUGUAAAAACAAAAGGGGGGGGGGGGGGUCAAUGCAAAUAGUCCGGGUGGCCAUUUGAUUAAUUAUGGCUUGGGUGUUGAAGCUGUUAAGGAGCCUUUUGGACCUAGACUUGGCGCUCCGAUACCGCUUGCAGUGCGGUAGCAGAGAGAACAGUCUAUGAUUUGAAUGACUGGAGUCUUUGACAAUUUUUUGGGCCUUCCUCUGACACCGCCUAGUAUAUAGGUCCUGGUUGGCAGGAAGCUUGGCCCCAGUGAAACAGACGCCUCACAGGUCCUCAACUGGCAGCUUCAUUAAAUAGUACCCGCAAAACACCAGUCUCAACGUCAACAGUGAAGCGGCGACUCCGGGAUGCUGACCUUCUAGGCAGAGUUGCAAAGAAAAAGCUAUAUCUCAGACUGGCCAAUAAAAAGAAAAGAUUAAGAUGGGCAGUCUGAGAUAUGGAUUUUUCUUUGCAACUCUGAAGGUCAGCAUCCCGGAGUCGCCUCUUCACUGUUGACGUUGAGACUGGUGUUCUGCGGGUACUAUUUAAUGAAGCUGCCAGUUGAGGACCUGUGAGGCGUCUGUUUCUCAAACUAGACACUCUAAUGUAUUUGUCCUCUUGCUCAGUUGUGCACCGGGGCCUCCCACACCUCUUUCUAUUCUGGUUAGAGCCAGUUUGCGCUGUUCUGUGAAGGGAGUAGUACACAGCGUUGUACGAGAUCUUCAGUUUCUUGGCAAUUUCUCGCAUGGAAUAGACUGAUGAGUUUCAGAAGAAAGUUAUUUGUUUCUGGCCAUUUUGAGCCUGUAAUCGAACCCACAAUUGCUGAUGCUCCAGAUACUCAACUAGUCUCAAGAAGGCCAGUUUUAUUGCUUCUUUAAUCAGCACAACAGUUUUCAGCUGUGCUAACAUAAUUGCAAAAGGGUUUUCUAAUUAUCAAUUAGCCUUUUAAAAUGAAACUUGGAUUAGCAAACACAACGUGCCAUUGGAACACAGGAAUGAUGGUUGCUGAUAAUGGGCCUCUGUAUGCCUAUGUAGAUAUUCCAUUAAAAAUCAGCCGAUUCCAGCUACAAUAUCCAUUAACAAUGUGUACACUGUAUUUCCGAUCAAUUUGAUGUCAUUUUAAUGGACAAAAAAAUUGCUUUUCUUUCGAAAACAAGGACAUUUUUAAGUGACUCCAAACUUUUGAACGGUAGUGUGUGUGUGUGUGUGUGUGUGUGUGUAUAUAUACAGUGGGGAAAAAAAGUAUUUAGUCAGCCACCAAUUGUGCAAGUUCUCCCACUUCAAAAGAUGAGAGAGGCCUGUAAUUUUCAUCAUAGGUACACGUCAACUAUGACAGACAAAUUGAAGAAAAAAAAUCCAGAAAAUCACAUUGUAGGAUUUUUAAUGAAUUUAUUUGCAAAUUAUGGUGGAAAAUAAGUAUUUGGUCACCUACAAACAAGCAAGAUUUCUGGCUCUCACAGACCUGUAACUUCUUCUUUAAGAGGCUCCUCUGUCCUCCACUCGUUACCUGUAUUAAUGGCACCUGUUUGAACUUGUUAUCAGUAUAAAAGACACCUGUCCACAACCUCAAACAGUCACACUCCAAACUCCACUAUGGCCAAGACCAAAGAGCUGUCAAAGGACACCAGAAACAAAAUUGUAGACCUGCACCAGGCUGGGAAGACUGAAUCUGCAAUAGGUAAGCAGCUUGGUUUGAAGAAAUCAACUGUGGGAGCAAUUAUUAGGAAAUGGAAGACAUACAAGACCACUGAUAAUCUCCCUCGAUCUGGGGCUCCACGCAAGAUCUCACCCCGUGGGGUCAAAAUGAACACAAGAACGGUGAGCAAAAAUCCCAGAAUCACACGGGGGGACCUAGUGAAUGACCUGCAGAAAGCUGGGACCAUAGUAACAAAGCCUACCAUCAGUAACACACUACGCCGCCAGGGAAUAAAAUCCUGCAGUGCCAGACGUGUCCCCCUGCUUAAGCCAGUACAUGUCCAGGCCCGUCUGAAGUUUGCUAGAGUGCAUUUGGAUGAUCCAGAAGUGGAUUGGGAGAAUGUCAUAUGGUCAGAUGAAACCAAAAUAUAACUUUUUAGUAAAAACUCAACUCGUCGUGUUUGGAGGACAAAGAAUGCUGAGUUGCAUCCAAAUAACACCAUACCUACUGUGAAGCAUGGGGGUGGAAACAUCAUGCUUUGGGGCUGUUUUUCUGCAAAGGGACCAGGACGACUGAUCUGUGUAAAGGAAAGAAUGAAUGGGGCCAUGUAUCGUGAGAUUUUGAGUGAAAACCUCCUUCCAUCAGCAAGGGCAUUGAAGAUGAAACAUGGCUGGGUCUUUCAGCAUGACAAUGAUCCCAAACACACCGCCCGGGCAACGAAGGAGUUGCUUCGUAAGAAGCAUUUCAAGGUCCUGGAGUGGCCUAGCCAGUCUCCAGAUCUCAACCCCAUAGAAAAUCUUUGGAGAGAGUUGAAAGUCCAUGUUGCCCAGCGACAGCCCCAAAACAUCACUGCUCUAGAGGAGAUCUGCAUGGAGGAAUGGGCCAAAAUACCAGCAACAGUGUGUGAAAACCUUGUGAAGACUUACAGAAAACGUUUGACCUGUGUCAUUGCCAACAAAGGGUAUAUAACAAAGUAUUGAGAAACUUUUGUUAUUGACCAAAUACUUAUUUUCCACCAUAAUUUGCAAAUAAAUUCAUUAAAAAUCCUACAAUGUGAUUUGGAUUUUUUUUUCUCAUUUUGUCUGUCAUAGUUGACGUGUACCUAUGAUGAAAAUUACAGGCCUCUCUCAUAUUUUUAAGUGGGAGAACUUGCACAAUUGGUGGCUGACUAAAUACUUUUUUUCCCCACUGUAUGUAUAUAUAUAUAUAUGUAUAUAUGUAUAUAUAUGUAUAUAUGUAUAUAUAUAUAUAUGUAUAUAUGUGUAUAUGUGUGUAUGUGUGUAUGUGUGUAUAUAUAUAUAUAUAUGAGGGGAAAAAGUAUUUGAUCCCCUGCUGAUUUUGUACGUUUGCCCACUGACAAUGACAUGGUCAGUCUAUAAUUUUAAUGGUAGGUUUAUUUGAACAUUGAGAGACAGAAUAACAACAACAAAAUCCAGAAAAACGCAUGUCAAAAAUGUUAUAAAUUGAUUUGCAUUUUAAUGAGGGAAAUAAGUAUUUGACCCCCUCUCAAUCAGAAAGAUUUCUGACUCCCAGGUGUCUUUUAUACAGGUAACGAGCUGAGAUUAGGAGCACACUCUUAAAGGGAGUGCUCCUAAUCUCAGCUUGUUACCUGUAUAAAAGACACCUGUCCACAGUAGCAAUCAAUCAAUCAGAUUCCAAACUCUCCACCAUGGCCAAGACCAAAGAUCUCUCCAAGGAUGUCAGGGACAAGAUUGUAGACCUACACAAGGCUGGAAUGGGCUACAAGACCAUCGCCAAGCAGCUUGGUGAGAAGGUGACAAGAGUUGGUGCGAUUACUCGCAAAUGGAAGAAACACAAAAUAACUGUCAAUCUCCCUCGGCCUGGGGCUCCAUGCAAGAUCUCACCUUGUGGAGUUGCAAUGAUCAUGAGUACGGUGAGGAAUCAGCCCAGAACUACACGGGAGGAUCUUGUCAAUGAUCUCAAGGCAGCUGGGACCAUAGUCGCCAAGAAAACAAUUGGUAACACACUACGCCGUGAAGGACUGAAAUCCUGCAGUGCCCGCAAGGUCCCCCUGCUCAAGAAAGCACAUAUACAGGCCCGUCUGAAGUUUGCCAAUGAACAUCUGAAUGAUUCAGAGGAGAACUGGGUGAAAGUGUUGUGGUCAGAUGAGACCAAAAUCGAGCUCUUUGCCAUCAACUCAACUCGCCGUGUUUGGAGGAGGAGGACUGCUGCCUAUGACCCCAAGAACACCAUCCCCACCGUCAAACAUGGAGGUGGAAACAUUAUGCUUCGGGGGUAUUUUUCUGCUAAGGGGACAGGACAACUUUACAGCAUCAAAGGGACGAUGGACGGGGCCAUGUACCGUCAAAUCUUGGGUGAGAACCUCCUUCCCUCAGCCAGGGCAUGGCAAAAUGGGUUGUGGAUGGGUAUUCCAGCAUGACAAUGACCCAAAACACACGGCCAAGGCAACAAAGGAGUGGCUCAAGAAGAAGCACAUUAAGGACCUGGAGUGGCCUAGCCAGUCUCCAGACCUUAAUCCCGUAGAAAAUAUGUGGAGGGAGCUGAAGGUUCGAAUUGCCAAAUGUCAGCCUCGAAACCUUAAUGACUUGGAGAAGAUCUGCAAAGAGGAGUUGGACAAAAUGUGUGCAAACCUGGUGGCCAAUUACAAGAAACGUCUGAUCUCUGUGAUUGCCAACAAGGGUUUUGCCACCAAGUACUAAGUCAUGUUUUGCAGAGGAGUCAAAUACUUAUUUCCCUCAUUUAAAAUGCAAAUCAAUUUAUAACAUUUUUGACAUGCAUUUUUCUAGAUUUUUUUGUUGUUAUUCUGUCUCUCGCUGUUCAAAUAAACCUACCAUUAAAAUUAUAGACUGAUCGUGUCUUUGUCAGUGGGCAAACGUAUGAAAUCAGCAGGGGAUCAAAUAAUUGUAUCCCUCACUGUGUGUGUGUGUAUAUAUGCAUAUAGUUGAAGUCGGAAGUUUACAUACACUUAAGUAGGAGUCAUUAAAACUCGUUUUUCAACCACUCCACAAAUUUCUUGUUAACAAACUAUAGUUUUGGCAAGUCGGUUAGGACAUCUACUUUGUGCAUUACACAAGUAAUUUUUCCAACAAUUGUUUAGACAGAUUAUUUCACUUAAUUCACUGUAUCACAAUUCCAGUGGGUCAGAAGUUUACAUACACUAAAUUGACUGUGAUGAUGUCAUGGCUUUAGAAGCUUCUGAUAGGUUAAUUGACAUAAUUUGAGUCAAUUGGAGGUGUACCUGUGGAUGUAUUUCAAGGCCUACCUUCAAACUCAGUGCCUCUUUGCUUGACAUCAUAGGAAAAUCAAAAUAAAGACCUCAGAAAUAAAAUUGUAGACCUCCACAAGUCUGGUUCAUCCUUGGGAGCAAUUUCCAAAUGCCUGAAGGUACCACGUUCAUCUGUACAAACAAUAGUAUGCAAGUAUAAACACCAUGGGACCACGCAGCCAUCAUACCGCUCAGGAAGGAGACUCAUUCUGUCUCCUAUAGAUGAACAUACUUUGGUGCGUGGGGGUGCUUUGCUGCAGGAGGGACUGGUGCACUUCACAAAAUAGAUGGCAUCAUGAGGAAGGAAAAUUAUGUGGAUAUAUUGAAGCAACAUCUCAAGACAUCAGUCAGGAAGUUAAAGCUUGGUCGCAAAUGGGUCUUCCAAAUGGACAUGACCCCAAGCAUACUUCCAAAGUUGUGGCAAAAUGGCUUAAGGACAACAAAGUCAAGGUAUUGGAGUGGCCAUCACAAAGCCCUGACCUCAAUCCUAUAGAACAUUUGUGGGCAGAACUGAAAAAGCGUGUGCGAGCAAGGAGGCCUACGAACCUGACUCAGUUACACCAGCUCUGUCAGGAGGAAUGGGCCAAAAUUCACUCAACUUAUUGUGGGAAGCUUGUGGAAGGCUACCCGAAACAUUUGACCCAAGUUAAACAAUUUAAAGGAAAUGCUACCAGAUACUAAUUUAGUGUAUGUACAUUUCUAACCCACUGGGAAUGUGAUGAAAGAAAUAAAAGCUGAAAUAAAUCAUUCUCUCUGCUAUUUCACAUUCUUAAAAUAAAGUACAGGGAAUUUUUACUAGGAUUUAAUGUCAGGAGUUUAAAUGUAUUUGGCUAAGGUGGAUGUAAACUUCCGACUUCAACUGUAUAUGAUGUUUCUUCAGAUCUGUCACGGGCUGAGGAGGACGGGUCAUGUUUCAGCUCUGUGGCUCUCUUCCUCCUGGACUGUCUGAUCCGCAUCCCCACCAGAACCUGCCGGGCCCUGCUGCAUCAGGUCAGUGGUCAAGUGACAGGUUGCGUCUGAAAUGGCACCCUAUUCCUUAUCUAGUGCAUUACUUUUGACCAGGGCCCAUAGGGAGCCCUACAGUUCAUAUUCAAAACCAGCCAUGAGUGGAAAGAAGUUCGGUAAUCAAUUUGGACCUGUAUAACCUCCCUUUAGGUGUUUCUGGAGCCCUUCUUCCGGGUGCUGGGUGGCCAGGCCAAGUCUAAAGCGGUGCUGCUGUCUACAGCCCGGUCCAACCUGCGCCACCUCAACUGUCUGCACCAGCUGGGCAUCGUGCUUGGCAUCACAGACUGGGUCAAUGACUACCACACCAAGCUCAGCGCACCACAGAACCAGGACCUAAACCAUAGUCAGAACCAGGACCAAACACCACCAGCCGACCAGACAAAGGUCAGAACAGGGGAGAUUACCAUCAGUGAUGGGGGUCAAUUCAGUUUUUAAUUAUUUAAGUCCAGGAAGUGAAUUUAAAAUGAUUUCAUGAAUUGAAAAUUGUCCAUGGGUUUUUUUUUAUCCAUAGCUGUUUGGUUUUUAUACAGUCUAAAGCUCCACUUUGUUGCUUUGUAAAAAAUCUUCCCCUCUCGCUCUUUCUUAUCUUAUCCUAUCCUAUCUCCAGCCUGCUCCUGUGGAUUCUUUGAACAGAAGUCUCUCUCAGACUCUCAGUGAGGAUGAAGAGUUCCCAGAGGACUGCAGCUCUGACUCCUCCCACCCCACCCAGCCACAGCAUGCAGGUGAGGAGAGCACUAGAGCAUUAUGGGUAAUGUAGUCAGGAAGGGUGUGAAUGUUUAAACAACAUUGGGAUCGUUAAUGUUUAGAAAAAUCCCUAACCGAAUUUUUUUAAAACAAAAUUAAAAUCACAGUGCAGUUAUCACAAAACUACCACCAACAGGCCCCGAUCAUCAUCAUAAAGGGUUUUUGUUAUUUACACAUACCUAAUGCAACAAUGCUGUAAUGUAAGUAGGAGGAGAUAUGCAUCUUUCAAAUGUUUUGGCCGAUAUAAUGCGCUCCGCACGUAAUCGUCGUUAACAGUUGGAAAAAUGGCAGCGAGUGAGACAGGGAAGUGACUGCAGAGAAAGUCCUGUAUGGCAAUACUUUGAGAAGUUAAAUGAGAAGGUGAUGAAAUGCAAACUUUGCGAGGGAGAAUUGAGCUACAGUGGCGGUCAUGGGCAAUGCUGAAAGGGAUGACCCAACCAUUUUGCUAGCAGCAGUGCGAUAAGGAACAGAGUUUCGAAAAUCACAGCGCUGAUUUCAGAAGUGAUUGCAGUUGAUAUGCAGCAAUUGUCAAUGGUAGAGGAUGUGGGCUUCAAUACCGUAAUGGCAUAUCUAAAACCAGACUACAGGAUGCCUUGUCGAAAAACCGUGACGGCCCUGAUGGAGAAAUUGUACAAUGAUUGCUCUGCAAGUGCAAGUACAAAGCACGAGCUCUCGAACACCAGACGUGGCGUUAACAACAGAUUGCUGGACAUCUAUGAACACGCUGUUGAACAUCAUUGCAACGAGCCAUCACAUUAAUGAGAAGUGGGACAUGAAGUACGUACUGACAACUGAGAACAUGGAGGAGAGGCACACAACAGAGAACCUAAAACGGUAUUAAUACCAUCGUUGCUGAGUGAGUGGGGGACAGCAGUAAAGUGAGCGCCGUCUGGUAGGGGUUUCCACUAGUUACCACAGCCACAAGGUCAAAUAUUGGCUAUAUUGUAAAAACUUCUGAAAACAAAGAUUUAUAUUUUUGGUCUUAAUUUAAGGUUAGAGUUAGGUAUAAGGUUGGAAUUAGGGUUAGGUUUAAAAUCAUAUUUCAAGAAAAUACAUUGUGGGAAAACCUUUACAUUUACAGAAUAGGCAGGCUUUAUGACUGCAUUUCCUAAGAGUCUAAGCCGUGGGGUGGGGAGGGGGGUUCUAGGCUGACAUAUGGAAUUGUUUUAAGAUGGCCAUAACAUGGUUCAUUUAGCAAUUUUAUUUAGAUUUUUAGGACCCCUUUAGGUAUCCCCCAAAAAGACUUACAUUUUUUUUGAUACAUCUCUAUCUUAAACUGACAGAUUUUGAUGGGGAUUUUUUUAUUAUCUUACUUAGAUUGACGCACCUAGGGGGUUAUGGUGACGACCAGGACUGCGGUAGAUUCAACUGCAUUGCCCCCUAGCGGUCAUACGCAGAACCGCAUCUGAAUUGUGAAUUAAUGUCAUUUCAUGAUUUAAAAUUUUUACAAAAAAACAUUAAAACAAUAAACAAAUGGCAGUUUAAAGGAGGGGUUGGAACCAGUUCAGGGAACAAAACCGGAAAAUUACUAAAUAUUUAAAGGAACAGAAAUGGAACCUGGAAUGAGUGUUCAUUGAAUGUUCAUUUCUCUACCAUAAACUGCCUUCAACGUAUUUUUUUUUUUAAUUUGGCAGUACGUCCAACUGGCCUCAACCGCAGACCACGUGUAUGGCAUUGUGUAGGCGAGCGGUUUGCUGAUGUCAACGUUGUGAACAGAGUGCCCCAUGGUGGCAGUGGGACUAUGGUAUGGGCAUGCAUAAGCUUGGGACAAUGAACACAAUUGCAUUUUAUCUAUGGCAAUUGAAAUGCACAGAGAUACCGUGAAGAGAUCCCGAGGCCCAUUGUCGUGCCAUUCAUCCGCCGCCAUCACCUCCAUGUUUCAGCAUGAUAAUGUACGACUCCAUGUCGCAAGGAUCUGUACACAAUUCCUGGAAGCUGAAAAUGGCCCAGUUUUUCCAUGGUCUGCAUACUCACCAUACAUGUCACCCAUUGAGCAUGUUUGGGAUGCUCUGGAUCGAUGUGUACGACAGCGUGUUCCAGUUCCCACCAAUAACCAACAACUCCGCACAGCCAUUGAAGAGGAGUGGGACAACAUUCCACAGGCCACAAUCAACAGCCUGAUCAACUCUAUGUGAAGGAGAUGUCAUGCUGCAUGAGGCAAAUGGUGGUCACACCUGAUACUGACUGGUUUUCUGAUCCACACCCCUUUUUUUUUUUUUUUUUUUUUUUUUUUUUAAACCAGAUCAGAACUUUAUUUUGCUGGGCGGAACAGUGGAACGAAAUACAAAAAAAAUAGUUGUUCUGUUCAGAACUAAACAAUUGAAAACAUUAUAUUUCGGUUCCAGACCCUGGUUUAAACAUUAAGAUACAUGUUAAAUUUGUCACAUCCCUAGUAGUCAAGUACAGUCAGAGAUUUCUAACAGAUCUUCGUCCUACAGGUGGCUGGGAUGAAGACGGUGAUGAAGAUGAGUUGUAUGAGCUGAUCUUGGAGACACACGGAGACACACACACCGAGAGAGACGGAGAGGAAGACUGGGAGGAAGGGCAGUCAUUGGCUGAGCCUGUGAAAGCGGACAAUGCUGAUAGCCAAUCAGAGAGCAGAGUGGAUUGCCACCGGGCCAUAAUUGAUGACAUCAGGUUUGUCUUAAACCGCCUUUAUACUGCCUAAUGUAUAAAAUGAUACAAUACAUGAAUAGAAACACUAACCUGGUCUCACAAUGCUGUCUGUUACAGGAAGAGUGAGUUUGGUAUAGGAGUAGAGAUGAAUGAGGAGGGUCAGAGGUUGAUGACUGUUCACCAGGAGAGGCUGGGGCGCAGUCUGGACCGACUGUCCACUGAACUCUACAGUAAAGACACACACUUUGUACUGGAACUCAUACAGGUGACUGACUCUCUCCUCUGUCUCCCUCUCUCGCUUUCGUGUCUCUCUCCCGCUCUCUCCUUCUCUCCUCUGUCUUGCUUUAUCCCUUUAUAUCUCUCGCUCUAUCUCUCUGCCUGAGCUCAUCCAGGUGUUUUGAGAUCUACUCUAUGCAAUGCACUUACAUAGAAUGUGCUUUAUUUAUUGUGCUAUUCACAGAAUGCUGAUGAUAACAGUUACCCGACUGAGGAGGGCCCUGUCCCUGCACUGGCCUUUGUUGUGGAGAAAGACUGUGUGACUGUCCUCAACAAUGAGACGGGCUUCCAGGAGAAAAACAUCCGGGCCAUCUGUGACGUGGGCCGCAGCACCAAGGGCAAACACAAAUACGGAUACAUAGGUAACAGCUAAAAGAGUUUGAAACCCUAUAGGUAACCUAUCGAAGACUAGAUCUUAGGUGCACCAAAGUAUUUUCUCAACUGUUUCUCCAUGUCUUUCUCCUUCCUUAGGUCAGAAGGGUAUAGGUUUUAAAUCUGUGUUCAAGGUGACUGACUGUCCUGAGAUCCACUCCAACGGGUUCCAUCUGUGCUUCGACAAGACCAGUGGCCCCCAUUGGGAUCAUCGCUGCCACAAACUUGGGUCGACUACGGAAGACCCUCCCAACGACCACACCUGGCCGACCAAACACAUACCAGGUUAGUGGUGGCAAAAAAUCACAACAACACAACCUGGCCGACCACAACACACUGGCGACCACACACAUACCAGGUAUGUGCAUCACACCACAUCUGGCUGACCCACACAUACCAGGUUAGUGGUGAUCAACACAACUGUGCCACACAUACCAGGUUAGUGGUGGCAUCACCACACACCUGGCUGACGACAACAUACCAGUAGUGGUGGCAUCACACACACAUCUGGCUGACCACACACAUACCAGGUUAGUGGUGGCAUCACACACACACCUGGCCGACCACACACAUACCAGGUUAGUGGUGGCAUCACACACACAUCUGGCUGACACACACAUACCAGGUUAGUGGUGGCAUCACACACACAUCUGGCUGACGACACACAUACCAGGUUAGUGGUGGCAUCACACACAUACAACAAACUGACUACACACACACACACACACACCUGGCCGACAACAAACACGCACCAGGUGAGUCUAAUGACAUAAUCUAAAACUAGGUAAAACACACACACACCUGAGUGACAACACAUACCCACACCAGGUGUGUCUAGUAGUAACAACUCAAUUGUAUUUGUCACAUGCACUUAAUACAACAGAUGUAGACAUUACUGUGAAAUUCUUACUUACGAGCUCUUUCCCAACAAUGCAGAGUCAAAAAGUUAGGAAAAAAAAGGAAAUAGUAACAUAAUAAAAUAACAGUAACGAGGCUGUAUACAAGGAGCACCGGCACCGAGUCAAUGUGCUGGGGUACGAGGUAGUUAAGGUAAUUGAGGUAAUAUGUACAUGUAGGUAGGGGUAAAAGUGACUAGGCAAUCAGGAUAGGUAAUAAACUAGUAGCAGAGUAUGUAAAGAGUGUGAAAGCGUGUGUGUGGCGUCAACAUGCAUGUGUGCUCCGUGUAUGUGGUGUGUGUGUGUGUGUAGGAGUGUCAGUGCCGUAUGUGUGGGUGGGUAGAGUCCAGCGAGUGUGCAUACAGCCAGUGCAAGAAUGUCAAUGCACAUGCGGCUAUUCUGUGUUGAGCGGUUAACAAAGAAACAGGCCCUGCUAUAUGCUUAAUUUAGUUAUUUAUGCAACUUUAGUUGUGAUACAAACGUUAGGCUACAUGUUUAGAUUUUUAAUACAUUCUAAAGCUGCAUGAUGCAACUCUAAUGAUUUGAUAAAAGUCGCAUGAAAGGCAUGAGUUCUGCUCUGUUUCUUGCACAGGCUGCAUUCACAAUUUGACAAGCACUUGAUAAUAUUCUCACUCAUCAGACUAUUCUUAAUUUAAUCUGGUCUUUACAUAUAGCCUACUAAUAUAUGUGUGGGAUUCAUUUUUAUUUAGAAUGGCCCACAAAAAGUCAUCCGUAGCCUGCACUCGAAUAGCACCAGCUGUAAAGCGGAUGCAUGUGUUUAAUUUUAAGAAUUGAGCAAUAAAUAUAGCAGCACAAUGCGCAAUGACUGGGCUAAUAAGAACACAUUUCCCUAGGCUCUGUAGGCUAUAUGCUCUCCAACCGUGUUCUAGGAAUACUAGGCCUAUAGGCUAUUUUUUGGAGUUAUUUGGCCGCUUUAGUUGUGAUACAAACCUUAUCAAAACAUAUAGGACUUUGGGGUAGGCAACAUGAUGCAUGUGACUAUGAUUAGAAAAAGUAGGGGGAAAAGGCAUGCGUUGUUUCUUGCCUUAGACUGCACGCGUUGGGCAUCAUUCACAAGUGAUAAUAUUCUCACCCAUUAGACUAUUCUCAAUUUAGUCUUUACAAAUACUAAAUAAUAUACAGUGCCUUCAAAAAGUAUUCACACCCCAUCACUUUUUCCUAAUUUUGUUGUUACAGCCUGAAUUAAAAAUUGAUUCAAUUGAGAUUUUUUUGUCACUUGCCUACACACAAUACCCCAUAAUGUCAAAGUGGAAUUAGGUUUUUCAACAUUUUUACAAAUUAAUCAAAUGAAAAGUUGAAAUUUAUUGAGCCAAUAAAUAUUCAACCCCUUUGUUAUGGCAAGCCUAAAUACGUUCAGGAGUAAAGAUUUGCUUCACAAGUCACAUUAGUUGCAUGGACUCACUCUGUGUGCAAUAAUAGUGUUUAACAUCUGUACGGUCCCUCAGUUGAGCAGUGAAUUUCAAACACAGAUUCAACCACAAAGACCAGGGAGGUUUUCCAAUGCCUCGCAAACAAAGGCACCUAUUGGUAGAUGGGUAAGAAACAAAACAAAAAAAACAGACAUUCAAUAUCCCUUUGAGCAUGGUGAAGUUAUUAAUUACACUUUGGAUGGUGUAUCAAUACACCCAGUCACUACAAAGAUACAGGCAUCCUUCCUAACUCAGUUGCCAGAGAGGAAGGAAACCUCUCAGGGAUUUCACCAUGAGGCCAAUGGUGACUUUAAAACAGUUACAGAAAAUUGAGGAUGGAUCAACCACAUUUUAGUUACUCCACAAUACUAACCUAAUUGACAGAGUGAAAAUAAGGAAUAUUCCAAAACAUACAUCCUGUUUGCAACAAGGCACUAAAGUAAUAGAGCAAAAAAUGUGGCAAAGCAAUUCACUUUUUGUCCUGAAUACAAAGUUUUAUGUUUGGGACAAAUCCAAUGUAACACACUACUGAGUACCACUCUCCAUAUUUCAAGCAUAGUGGUGGCAGCAUCAUGUAAUGGGAAUGCUUGUAAACGUUAAGGACUGGGGAGUUUUUCAGGAUAAGAAAAUAAACGGAAUGGAGCUAAGCACAGGCAAAAUCCUAGAGGAAAACCUGGUUCAGUCUGCUUUCCACCAGAUAGUGGGAGAUUAAUUCACCUUUCAGCAGGACCAAUAACCUAAAACACAAGGCCAAAUCUACACUAGAGUUGCUUACCAAAAAGUCAGUGUUCCUGAGUAGCCGAGUUACAGUUAUGACUGAAAUCUACUUGAAAAUCUAUGGCAAGACCUGAAAAUGGUUGUCUAGCAAUGGUCAACAGCCAAUUUAACAGCUUCAAGAAUUUUUAAAAGAAUAAUGGGCAACUGUUGCACAAUCCUGGUGUGAAAAGCUCUUAGAGACUUACCCAGAAUGACUCACAGCUGUAAUCACUGCCUAAGGUGCUUCUACAAAGUAUUUACUUAGUGGUGUGAAUACUUAUGUAAAUUAGAUAUUUCUGUAUUUCAUUUUCAAUAAAAUUGCAAAAAUGUAAAAAAUUAAAACUUUAAAAAACUAACUGUUAUUAUGGGGUAUUGUGUGUAAUAAUAAUAAUAAUAAUAAUAUGCCAUUUAGCAGACGCUUUUAUCCAAAGCGACUUACAGUCAUGCGUGCAUACAUUUUUUUUUUGUGUAUGGGUGGUCCCGGGGAUCGAACCCACUACCUUGGCGUUACAAGCGCCGUGCUCUACCAGCUGAGCUACAGAGAACAGAUGGGUGAGGAUUAUUUAUUUAAUCCAUUUUGAAUUCAGGCUGUAACACAACAAAAAUGUGGAAUAAGUCAAGGGGUAUGAAAACUUUCUGAAGGCACCUUAUGUGUGAAAUUAGUUUUGAUUUAGAAUGGGCCUUUAUCAUGCACCUGUCGGAACAGGGGCAGUGGAAAAAAAUACAUGUCAUCCGUAUAGACUUAAAUAGCGAAUGGAGGACGCUUUUCCCAUGGUUCAUUUUCAUGCCAGCCAGGUAGGCUACUCCGGUUGUAAAGCGAAGCAAUGUGCUUAAUGUUAGUAAAGUUGAGAAAUAAAUAUAGUAGACCUAGCCCAGGGCUAUCCAACCCUGUUCCUGGAGCGCUACCAUCCUGUGGGUUUUCAUUCCAACCCUAAUCUAGCGCACCAGAUUCUAAUAAUUAGCUGGUUGAUAAGAUGAUUCAUGUUAGUUACAGCUGGGAUUGGAGCGAAAGCCUACAAGAGGGUAGCGCUCCAGGAACAGGGUUGGAGAGCCUUGGCCUAGCCUAUAGAAAACUGAUGGGAUCCUCCUCUUUUUAAGAGGCCAUCAAAACUCUGUUUUCUCAAGCAGUUGCAUAGCCUAUAAAAAUUUUGCUCAACAUAUGCUUAUGGGUUCUCAUGAAGUGUUUGAUUUUAUUUUUGAUUGCAUUUGCAUUGAUGUCAGAGUUAUUAGAGGGACAAUAGAGUGCUGAGUACCAGGCCAAUAGCGAGGUGUUGGCAGGUAGCAAAUUUGGUAGGCUACCAAUGACCAUCAGCGGCAUCGCAGUUUUUGAGAAGCCUAGUUACUGUGACUCAACAGUCCCGUGGAAUUUGACUGCGGUCAUUACUGGGGACUGCCGGUGUGGCGGUAAUACGGUCACCGUAAAAGCCAUACUCUCACGCAUGGUUCAGUGUUUGCUUCGAAAACGAGCAUAGAAGGUAUUUAGCUUAUCUGAUAGGCUUGAAUCACUGGACAGCUCGCGGACGGAUUUCCCUUUGUAAUCCGUGUUAGUUUGUAAGCCCUGCCACAUCCAACGAGCGUCAGAGCCGGUGUAGUAGGUUUCAAUCUUGGUCCUGUAUUAACGCUUUGCCUGUUUGAUGGUUUGUCAGAGGGCGUAGCAGGAUUUCUUAUAAUCGUCCAGAUUAGUGUCCCGCUCCUUGAAAGAGGCAGCUCUAGCCUUUAGCUCAGUGCGUAUUUUGCCUUUAACCCAUGGCUUCUGGUUGGGAUAUGUACGUACGGUCACUGUUGAGACGACGUCGUCGAUGCACCGAUUUGAUAAAGCCAGUGGCUGAGGUGGUAAACUGCUCAGUGCCAUCGGAUGAAUCCAGGAACAUAUUACAGUCAGUGCUAGCAAAACAGUCCUGUAGCUUAGCGUCCGUUUCAUCGGACCACUUCCGUAUUGAGCGCGUCACUGUUACUUCCUGUUUGAGUUUUUGUCUGUAUGCAGGAAUCAGGAGGCUAGAGGUAUGGUCAGAUUUGACAAAUGGAGGGCGAGGGAGAGCUUUGUAUUUUUAUUUUUAUUUAUUUCACCUUUAUUUAACCAGUAUGCGUUUCUGUGUGUGGAGUAGAGGUGAUCUAGAGUUUUUUUCGCCUCUAGUUGCACCUAUGACAUGCUGGUAGAAAUUUAGAUAAAAUGGAUUUCAGUUUUCGUGCAUUAAAAUUACCGGCCACUAGGCGCGCCGACUCUGGGUGAGAAUUUUCUUGUUUGCUUAUGGGCCUAUACAGCUCGUUGAGUGAGGUCUUAGUGCUAGCAUCUGUUUGUGGUGGUAAAUAGACGGCUAUGAAAUAUAUAGAUUAACUCUCUAACUCAGGCGAGCAGAACAGUCUAUACUCAGUAAUUUACUAUGUAGGGGCAGUCACAUCAAUGUUGAAUGUUUGUGUUCUGUCAGCUGGACCACUAAGAUCUGUCUGCCGCUGCGCUCUGAGUGCUACCAGACCAAAAACCUGUUCCACGAUGUCCACCCCUCUCUGCUGCUCUUCCUACACCGCCUACGAUCUAUCACCAUCUACAACCAGGUAACACACACACACAAAGGUCAUGGCUCCGCCACACCUUUCAAUAGGCUUAGAGGAGAUUCCACCAUAUUGCCUUCGGUGUACAAACACCGAGCUGUAGAGGCAAGUAGUUGGUUUCAGACUGGACUGUUGUGUGCUGACAUCUGACUUGUCUCUCUCUGUGUGUUUCCCUGGCCAGGCUGAGAAGCGCAUGGUGACCAUGACGCGUAGAGACCUGAGUCACAAUGUCCUGGAGGUGGAACACACUGAGGGAACAGAACGCUGGCUGGUGGUCAAACACACACUGCACCCCACCAAGGUACCACACACACACACUGAUCCUCUCAUCUCCUCGUCAGAGAGCCAGCUGCUUGUUACCUGCAUUGAGGUUAUGCAACAGUAGAGACAGAUCAGAGAAUGAACAGACUCAGAAAUGUUACAUGAUUUAUCGAAAACAGUCAGGUAAAUUUUUAUGGGGUUCCCAUUGUGACAGUGCACAUUGAAAUGCUAAAUGUUCAAACUCAAUAUUUUUCAGGUAUUCUCUCUGUUGGAGUUAUCCUCUGAUCAGUGGCAAAACAGAGCAGUUGUCUUAGUGACUGCCUGGAGAUUGGCCCUGUUUGAAUACUUUUCAAAUGCAUCCUGCUUUCCUUUCUUCUUUCCUCCCUUCCUUGAGGGCUUACUAAUCUAACUUCAGGGGAAGGGUAAAAGCAAGGGCUCCACAUAGCUUUCACAGAUCAAUUGAAGACAGAUCAGUGAUUACUUCGAAGAAGGGAGGUGAAAAGGAAGUAUUAGAAUGUGCCAAAUGUAAUGAUGAUCAUGGUGUUACGUUGACAUGUUUCCCCGUCAGAUCAAAGAUGAAGUGGAGUCCACGGAGCUCGCCCUGGCCUUCCAGCUGGGUGAUGACCUCACAGGAAGUGACAUCAGAGCCCAGCCACAGAAGCAGCCAGUCUUCGCCUUCCUGCCUCUCCGAAGCUUUGGCUUCCGCUUCAUCAUCCAAGGUUACACACACACACACACACACACACUGGUGCUCUCCUCAAGGUUCACCCAAAUUGCCCAUUUUAAAAUGCACUCUUGCAGUGAUACCACACAAGCUCACAGACCAAGCCUUUCAAAUUUUAUUUUUUCUCUUUCACUCCAGGUGACUUUGAAAUCCCUUCUUCUCGUGAGGACGUGGACAGAGAUAGUUCAUGGAACCAGUGGCUCCGAUCUGAGAUCCCCCAACUGUUCUUACAUGCCAUGGGCGUCUUCACUGUAAGAGGAAGGAGGGAGGGAGAGGUUGAUCAGAAUCAUUUACUCCUGCUCUGCACAUUGGUAAAUGUGGUCCUAAGUUGUGUUUCUGACCCCUGUCUCCUCUUCUCACCUCUCCUCUCCAGGAUCACCCAGAGUUCAGUGGGCUGAAGGGCCUAUGUAAUUUCCUGCAGUUUGUCCCUCUGCCUGACGAGGUACUGGAUUUCUUCAAGCCUGUAGCCGGGCAGAUUAUACAGCUGCUAAAGGGAAAGGCCUUCCUACCCACACUCAACACAGGUACCCUACCACUGUACCCCUCUUUCUCUCUCUCACACUCAACACAGGUACCAUUCUACCCCUCUUUCUCUCUCCUUCUCCAUCACUUCUAUCUCCAUCCGUAAGUCAGCUUUAUAUUUAGUUUAUUUUCUUAACUCUUAUUUUUCUUAACUGCAUUGUUGGUUAAGCGCUUGUAAGUAAGCAUUUCACGGUAAGGUCUACACCUGUUGUAUUCGGCACAUGUGACAAAUACAAUUUGAUUUGAGUAAAUCUGCAGAUUUCAUCUUCAUGCUCAAGUAACCCUCAUACGUGCCUGUAUCAUGUAUUUUUACUAUGUUUUGUAACUUUUCCCAGAUCGUUGCUGUAAAUGAGAAUGUAUUAUCAGUCAACUCACCUGGUAAAAUAAGAAAACAUCAAAUCAACUGACUCCUGUCUCUCCAGAUGGUUCUGUGGUCUACAAGCUACCCUCCCAGGUCGCUGUGUGUCAGGACCUGGUCAUUCGCGACGUGAUUGGUGGAGAGGAGCUUAACAGACACCUGUCUCUGGCCUAUCUGCAUCCGGGCCUGCUGCCGGCCCCGCCCCUAUCCCUGCUCACACACCUGGGAGUACGACACCUGAGGGGGGGUGACGUCACCACAGUAACAACCGCCAUGGCCAAGGACCUGUUGCAGGAAGAUGGUCUCAACUCAGGUGAGGGGAGGGUGGUGUGUGUGCGCGCGCACGUGUUGUUUAUAUUUCUUUGUGAGGGUUGUAAACUCUCUCUCUCUCCGUCUUUGUGUAUCAGACUCAGGCCUGCGUCGUCUGGCCAGGUUGUUGGUGUGUAACUUCCGUGCGUUGGAGCAGGGCUACGGAGAGACAGAUUCUAUCCUGACCACCCUCAGAGAUCUACCCAUAAUCCCACUGGCUGAUGGGCGCAUGGUGGCACUCAGCAGAGAGGGAGUCUUCUUCCCCGUGACUGAGACCAAGAAUCAUAGCAACACAGGUAACAUAGUGUCACAACAUUUUUGAAAAAUAAGCUUUUUUUUGCGUAUGAAACAUUUCUGGGAUCUUUUCUUUCACCUAAUUAAACAUGGGACCAACACUUUACAUGUUGCAUUUUAUAUUUUUGACCAUAGACAAUAAUUUUUUAUAUUUUUUCAGCGACUACCCAUAAACAGUUGGUGGUAUAUUCAGGGUUGUAACUGUUAGAGAUAUUUGUGGUAGAAGGUUUGAAAAUAGAAGCUAAAACAGAUUGUUCCAUCAAAGACUACUCACAUCCCUGUAAGGCCACGAGAGCUUGACGUCAAGAGUAGUGUUUUCUCAUACCCACAUGUCCUUACACACACAGAGAGAGGCGCGGCGCAGAGGUGGUAUUACAACAGCACUGGUGUGCGUCAUCACAUUGACAAAAAUAACCCAAAAGCAGCUUUAGAAUAGGGCUGGGACGAUACCAGUAUCGCGAUACUCGUUAGUAUCGUGGCAAGGAAACAAAACUUGAAACGGAUUUAACUUCUUUAGGAAAACAGCCCUAAUGUUGGAAACAAACAUCAUUAUGUUGUCAUCCAGAGUCACAUUUAUUUAUUUUUCAAGCUAUAGCACACAAUAUUUGACAUACAGCAGGUUUUUAAAGGACCAAAGAGUUGUCUGCUUCGUGUUUUUCAUUUUUGCCAAGGAAAAAGUUUGCGAUACUGGUAUCAUCCCGGGCCUACUUUAGAGCGUGUUUAUAAAUAAUACAUUUACAUGCUGUGAUGUAAGUCUCAUUCCUCUAAACUUGUUUGGUGCCUCUACUCGGUAAGAGUGCUACUCCUUCUUAAGUAUGCCAUUUCUUCUGCAUCACCUAUUUUAACCUCCUAUGUUUGAUAUCGUUCCACUCUCUCCCUCCCCUCCUCUAGGUGUGUAUGGAGCACUGUACAGGGAUGUGUGUGUGGUCCACCCGUCUCUGCUGUCCUGUGUGGAACCACUGGAGAGCCAGCAGAUCAGAGAGCUGCUCAGGAGGCUGGGAGUCCAUGAGCUAGAACCACAGCAACUGCUACAGCAGCACAUAUACCCUGCACUGAAGAACAACACAUGGAAGGUAACACAGACACAGACAUCCAUUGUUAUAUAUACAUUUAUAAUUGAUUUCUACAUUUGUUCUUAAAUGCACAAAGAGCAUCUUCUCCGUAUCCCUUCCUCUAUAUCUCUCUAUUGCUCCCUCCCCCUCAUGCCAUCUCUCUCUCUCUCCAGUCCAAGCCGGUGGAGGUAGUGGUGAGCUACCUAGUGUUCAUCAAACAGCACUCCCCCCCUCAGGAGUACGCUCACCCAGACACUGUAGUACCGGUACUGACCACAAGGGGACUGCUUUACCCUGCUGACCACAAAGUACACUUCUCUACACAGUACGGCAAUAUGGACCUGCCCAACAAACUACCAGGUACACACACACUGUAAUUAUUAGGUAACGACUAUAUAGAAUUCUUAAAACGUUACCAUUUAUGAGUAAAUACCAGUCAGCUAGCAGUUAAGGAAAGUGUUUGUAGAGACAAUGAUUUAAUGAGACUUGAAGUGUUGAACUGGCCCAAAUACUGCAUGACUAACUACAAUGGGAUAUUGUUCCCCGAAGUAAGCCUUGCCCUUUGUGACUGUCCCCAAAACAAACAUCGCUUGGUCCACGUCGUCUGGUGAAAUGAUGGACAGUGCACUGGAGUGUGUGUCUCGGUGUGUGUGUGUGUGUUUAGUAACCCCCUUUGUGAGAGAGUUUGUGCGUGUGUGUAUAGCAGCCUCAAUUGUGAGGGGGAAAGAAGGCAUGAAAUGCCGUGAAGAGGGGAGCUGUGUGUGUGUGUGUGUGUCAUUAGUUAUGUAACAGAGUGGACGUGGUGUGGAAAAUGGAUGUGCACGCUUGACCUGCCUCUAAAGGAAAGAGAAGAGAGACUAACCACUCCUCUCUCAUCCCUCUUUCCUCUGUUCUUCCUGUUACUAACCACUAACCUCUUUCUCUGUAGUCUUCCCCUUUUUUCUGCUCCCUCGCUUGGCUGAAUUUACAAUAAUAUUAGUCCAUAAGCUAAAGCUACACAUCACUCAUUAUCUCUCGCUCUCUCUCUCCCCCUUUCUCCAGGUGUGGACUGGGUGUUGCUGAGUGGUUGUUAUGUGGAGACGGAUGGAGACGUGGAGGGAUGGAGAGCUCUGUUCAUCAGGCUGGGAGUCAGAGAUGGACUCAUACUGAGGAAAGAGAGACGAACUCUAACUGCUAAAGAACUGGUGAGGGGGGAGGGAGGAAUGGAGAGAUUCACACUCACUGCUAAAUAACUGGUGAGGAGGGAGGACUGGAGAGUGGGAUAAUAAAUAGAGAUAUGGCAGGAGGAGUGUAGAAUAGACAUAUGUUUGACCCAUAUAAACAAGAGGAUGUAGAAGUUUAAAGGUUUUUGAUCUGUUUUAUCAGACACAAUAUUGACUGGUUGCCUGGUGACUAUGAGCCAGUUAGAAUCCACCAUAAACUCUGUGGUAUUUACUAGUGCAUCAGAGUUCCGGUUUCAAAUAAAAUGUAUUUGUCACAUGCUUCAUAAACAAAAGGUGUAGACUAACAAUUAAAUGCUUACUUAUGGGCACUUCCCAACAAUGGGGAGGGAGAGAAUAAUAUGAGGAAUAAAUACACAAUGAUUAACAAUAACUUUGCUAUAUACACGGGGUACCAAUACCGAGUCAAUAUUUUAUUUUUAUUUAACCUUUAUUUAACCAGGUAAGCCAGUUGAGAACAAGUUCUCAUGUACAACUGCGACCUGGCCAAGAUAAAGCGAAGCAGUGCGAUUUUAAAAACAACAACACAGAGUUACAUAUGGGAUAAACACAACGUACAGUCAAUAACACAAUAGAAAUCUAUAUACAGUGUGUGCAAAUGUAGUAAGUUAUGGCGGUAAGGCAAUAAAUAGGCCAUAGUGCAAAAUAAUUACAAUUUAGUAUUAACACUGGAAUGAUAGAUGUGCAGAAGAUGAUGUGCAAAUAGAGAUACUGGUGUGCAAAUGAGCAAAAUAAAGAACAAUAAUAUGAGGUAGUUGGGUGGACCAAUUACAUAUGGGCUGUGUACAGUAGCAGUGAUCGGUAAGCUGCUCUGACAACUGAUGCUUAAAGUUAGUGAGGGAGAUAAGUGUCUCCAGCAUCAGAGACUUUUGCAGUUCGUUGUGCAGGGUUACAAGGUAAUUAAGGUAGAUGUGUACAUAUAGGUAGGGAUACAGUGACUAGGCAACAGGACAGAUCAUAAACAUUAAACUGUUUAUUAUCUAUCCACUGGGUAACCAACUCCUCUCCUCUGCUGUCUACACACACACACAAACCUCUGCACACACCCAAAGUAUGAGAAACACAUUCACAAAUGCACACAGUGACUGGCUAGGGGCUAAGGCUAGAAUAGUCUAUGGAUGAUAAACAGAUUCCACACGUAGUGCUCUGGCCAAAAGUAUUAUAUGGAUAGGAUGCCAUCAUGAUCAGCAGCAAUGACUAAGGCUAAAGUAAUAUAUGAAUGUCUUAGAGCAGGGAUGGGAAACUCCAGUCCUCAGGGGGCUGAAUGGUGUCACACUUUUGCCCCAGCCCAUCCCUGCCUUAGAGAUUAACAUAACAUAGGACUGUUUCCCAGGCAUGACUAAUCUUCCCAUGCUUAAUGGGUGGACAUACCUCAGAGGUGACUGAUUUAUAAACAACUCUUUAAGACCGGGGUAUAUCACAUAGGCGAUGGAUUAAUAAGGUCUGUUUUAGACGAUGGUGAGGAAAGGGAUUGUCAAUGGUAUUCAUGACUGAGUUAUUUGAAGGCUUCAUCACUCUUAUGUGAUGUUGUCUGAAAUCAAUUUAAUUAUUAAGUACAACCCAGCCUCCCAAACACAACUACCUACCAAGAUGGCACAGCGGAGAUUGGAGUAUCUGUCCAUAGGACCACUUUAAGCUGUACACUCCACAGAGCUGGGCUUUACGGAAGAGUGGCCAGAAAAAAGCCAUUGCUUGAAGAAAAAUAAGCAAACAUGUUUGGUGUUCGCCAAAAGCCAUGUGGGAGACUCCCCAAACAUAUGGAAGAAGGUACUCUGGUCAGAUGAGACACAAAUUGUAGCGUUUUGGCCAUCAAGGAAAACGCUAUGUUUGGCGCAAAUCCAACACCUCUCAUCACCCCGAGAACACCAUCCCCACAGUGAAGCAUGGUGGUGGCAGCAUCAUGCAUUGGGGAUGUUUUUCAUCGGCAGGGACUGGGAAACUGGUCAGAAUUGAAGGAUUGAUUGGUGGCGCUAAAUACAGGGAAAUUCUUGAGAGAAACCUGUUUCAGUCUUCCAGAGAUUUGAGACUGGGACGGAGGUUCACCUUCCAGCAGGACAAUGAGCCUAAGCAUACUGCCAAAGCAACACUUGAGUGGUUUAAGGGGAAACAUUUAAAUGUCUUGGAUUGGCCUAGUCAAAGCCCAGACCUCAAUCCAAUUGAGAAUCUGUGGUAUGACUUGAAGAUUGCUGUACACCAGCGGAACCUAUCCAACUUGAAGGAACUGGAGCAGUUUUGCCUUGAAGAAUGGGCAAAAAUCCCAGUGGCUAGAUGUGCCAAGCUUAUAGAGACAUACCCCAAGAGACUUGCAGCUGUAAUUGCUGCAAAGGGUGGCUCUACAAAGUAUUGACUUUGGGGGGGGGUGAAUAGUUACGCACGCUCAAGUUAGUUUUUUUGUCUUAUUUGUUGUUUGUUUCACAAUAAAAAAUAUUUAGCAUCUUCAAAGUGGUAGGCAUGUUGUGUAAAUCAAAUUAUACAAACCCCCCAAAAAUCAAUUUUAAUUCCAGGUUGUAAGGCAACAAAAUAGGAAAAAUGCCAAGGGUGGUGAAUACUUUUGCAAGCCACUGUAUUUCUUACAGUAUUCUUAAUUGUUUCUCUCUCUCUCUUCGCCAUUCCCCCUCUCUCUCGAACCCCCCCCCCCCCCCUUCCCUCCAUCCUCCCCUUUCUCCCAGGCCUCCAGUCCGUGGGCGGUGGAGAGUGAGCUGUGGCCGUGUCGAGCAGGCAGGGCCGGAGGACCAGAGGAGGGGUGUGUGCUGGAUGACUACCCCAGCGAGGAGCUCCUCUCUCUGGUCACAGCGCAGCUGCCUGCCCCUGUCCUCAUGGAGCAGAGACAAGCCCUGCUGGGGCUACUGGGGACCAACUGGGACACUGGGUAACCAACUCCUCUCCUCCGCUGUCUACACACACACACACACACACAGAGAGAGACCCAAAGUAUGACAAACACACGCACACACUCUUAUACAACAUGAUAACUCACUGGAUUACUGAGCCCUCUCUUGAGGAGCUGGGUUUACAGGCCGCCACACUCCCAGAUUAUAAUCCCUGCAGUCUGCCACCGAGACGCCCUAAUCCAGCCCAAUCCCUGCUGUAUGUGGGGGAGUUAGGUUUUGAAAGAUAUAUCUGGUCUUGUUCGCAAUCUGAAGAUUACUCACUUGUAUCCUCACUCCUUUGCCUGCAUAUUUGUGUUUGAGUGUCUGUGUGUACUUCCUUAUAAUAAUUUGAAAUCCAGGUUAGCAGGGUAGGAAGUGGAAGUGCUCUAUUUAAUGAAGAGAAUUGCAGUCACAUUGAAAGGACUAAAUUCUCAUGGUUGUCAUGGUUUAAUACUCUAAUAUAACAAUGUAGGCCAUUGGCCUGGAGUUGAUGCUACUUUAGCUGGUAGUGAUGGUCUUCUCAUACCAUCCAUGUCUACUGAGUCAUAUAGGGAUGUGAUACUGAGCAUUAUCACAUUGCACUCAUCUCUUUCAAACGUUUGUUAAUUCAAAUUAUCCAGUUUUUGUCUAAACAACUACUGGACUCAUUCAUUCUGAUUAUGGCAUACUCAUUUAGUUCUUUCUCUCUCGCUUUCUCCAUCUCUAUCUCUCACUCUUUCGCUCUUUCGCUCUUUCUUUCUUUCUUUCUUUCUGUCUCUCUCUCUACGUCCUUCUACUUCUAUCAGUGACCGGUACUCUCAGUAUCUCAAAGCCCAGGUGAUUGACAGCGAGGGCCGACCAAUCAAGACCACGAAGUCCUCCUUUUUCCACUUCCUGUCCUGCCUUCCCUGGGUGCCGGCCUAUCGUCUGCAGGCAGGGACAGGUGCAGGGGAAGGGAGAAAGGUGGAGUAUCUGUGUCCUAACUCAGUCUACCUGUUCUCACCUGAGGUGCACAGUCUACUGGGGACUCAUGUCAGCUAUAUGGACAUGACCCCCAGCGAGUUCACCAGGACUCUAGGUAAGAAAGUGUGUGAGUGUAAGGACUACAACAACAAAAACUACAAAUCAAAGAGGUGUCCUUAAUCCGGCUCCUCUUUUUUUCCUGUAGGAAUGAAGAACAGCGUCAAUGUGGAGGAGCUGAUUGGCUACCUGAAGAAGUGGUGUGUAAAAACAUGCUCAGCCAUUGGUCCAGAGGGGCAGGAGAAGCAGGAAGAGGAGGAGUCAGAAGGGUCAGAGUUUAGCUCGACGGUGCAGCACGUCCACAGAGUGUACUCCUUCCUGCACAAGAACUGUUCUCAGACCAGCCUCAAAGAGCUGUUCCAACACACACCGGCCGUCUUCAUAGAGUACAACAGGUAGGUCCCCAACCCGUGACCUCUCACCUCUAACCCCUCCCAUGUAACAUACCGGCCAUGUUCAGCGAAUACAACAGGUAUACCACAGCCCUGACCUCUAACCCAUGUCUGUGUUGGCCGUGUCCCUUCAGGAACGGAGACUGGUGUUCCGGUAGGUUCUACCACCUGAAGGAGGUGUGUUGGAGCGACCCCACCGAGAUGUUUGUCCGCUACCGGGAGCUGACCCGCGGGGCUGACAGUACGAUACAGGAACCCAGAGUCCUGGCCCCCUUCUACAGCCAACUGGAAGAUAUGAGGGACCUCUUCAAACGGGUAUGGAACUACUCUAACUCCUGGUUCAACCCAGGGAUUAUUGUUAUGUCAAACCUUUUGAUAUAUAUGGCGCUUCAACCAAAGGCAUUUUUCAUUUUCAGAUUACAGAUUUUGUAUCAUUUUAUAAGUACACUGUCCAGAGUUCUCAACUGACAUUGAAGUAUAUUUAUAGACUGUAUGUAACAUCAAGACUCUGGCUGAUUCAUAUCGACUAUACAACUAGAAAUACGCUGAGUAUACAAAACAUUAAGAACACCUGCUCUUUCAAUGACAGACUGACCAGGGGAAUGCACUUCAGGAUUUUUAAGCAUUGAAACAAUUGAGACAUGGAUUGUGAAUGUGUGCCAUCCAGAGGGUGAAUGGGCAAGACAAAAUAUUUAAGUGCCUUUGAACGGGGUAUGGUAGGUGGUGCCAGGUGCACCAGUUUGUGUCAAGAACUGCACUGCUACUGGGUUUUUCACGCUCAACAGUUUCCUGUGUGUAUCAACAAUGGUCCACCACCCAAAGGACUUCCAGCAGGAGUCAACAUGGGCCAACAUCCCUGUGGAACGCUUUCGACACCUUGUAGAGUCCAUGCCCGACAAAUUGAGGCUGUUCUGAGGGCAAAAAGCAGGGGGGGUCAACUCAAUAUUAGGAGUUCCUAAUGUUUGGUAUACUCAGUGUAUACCACAUCACCAACAUUUUCCAAAACUGAGAUAUAUUGUUAGUUGGUUGGAGGGUUUAGAUGACACCCAUUUUGAUGUUGUUCAUUCUCCUUUGAGUAUAUAAAUAAUUUUUAAACAACACUGUUGUUCGCUCUUGUUGUUUUUGACUGUAGUUAAACGUGGAGCACACCCCAUCCAUGCUGCAGUAUGUGGGUCUACUGGAGCUGGUGUGUAACUCCUGUCCUCUACCUACUGUAGAUGUACUCAGAGAUGUGUCUAAACUCUACGCCAGGCUGGGUGAGUCUCUCUCACUCACUCACUCACUCACUCACUCACUCACUCACUCACUCACUCACUCACUCACUCACUCACUCACUCACUCACUCACUCACUCACUCACUCACUCACACACACACACACACACAUAUGGUCCUUUCAUGGAAUUUAUAUAAUGCCCUUCUACCUGAACCCAGUCUGAAUAACUGUCUGUUAUUACCCGUCUGAAUAACUCUGUGUCUGUCUCUUCAGCUGACAAGUGUAGAACCCCUGUACUAGGAGACCAGGACCACAACGUAAACGUCAACCCCAGCUACUGUUCUACACUGAAGGGUGAGGAACAACACACAUGUCAGUUUCUUAUUGGACUGGUUUUAGUAACAUGUACAUUCCUAUUGUCCUCUCUGAUAUUCAGGGAUGUUGCUGGAUAAGAGGGUGUUCCCAACUAAGGACAACAGCUGGGUGACUCUAGCCCACAGACCCAUGAUACCAGACAGCAAAGAGCUGGAGAAGAUCUUUAAGGCCCACAAACAGGUGUGUCUGCUCAACCUGCCCCUAUCAGAGAAAAAGCCAGCACCCAGGACCAAGACUGGACCAUCCCAAGGUACUGGACAUAACACUGCAAAAGUCAACAAUGUGACUAACAGGAAAAGUACAAGCUGUGGGUCUGUAUAUCUGACACUCUCUCUCCUUUUCUCGCUCUCCCUCUCUCUCCCCAGGUCGGUCUGUCAGUGCGGGGUGUUUCAGUGAGGAGGAUAGGAUUCUGUUCCUGGAGAUCUGUGGCGUACGCUUCCUGUCCCAUUGUGUCAGUACUGAGGCACAGACGGAGAACUACAGACCCUGCCCCUCCAUGCAGAGCCUGGUGCGGUCUGUGGUUCCCUACAUCCAGAGGUUCAUCUACCACCACGAGGACCUGCAAGAACUCUACGGGGAACUACAGGGAAACAAUAUCAGACAGACCAUCAGACAGCUCACCUUCGGACAGGUACAGUACAACCUCACCUUAGAACUUCAUCUGAGAAACUCAAAUUAGAACCUUACCUUAGAACUUCAUCUGAGAAACUCACAUUAGAACCUCACCUUAGAACUUCAUCUGAGAAACUCACAUUAGAACCUCACCUUAGAACUUCAUCUGAGAAACUCACAUUAGAACCUUACCAUAGAACCACAGCGUAGAACCUCACUGUAGAACCUUACAUUAGAACCUCACUUUAGAACUUUAGCUGAGAACCACACCUUUAAACAGGUAGGAACCUCACCUCAGAACCUGUGUUUGUGUGCAGGUAGGUAUGCUGUACACGCGGUACCUGCUGUCUGUGAGUGAUGAGGAGCAUCCCUUGGUAGAGAUGGAGAAUGUCAUAUGUCUACUGAAGGACAACAAGGAACUCUACAUCCAGAAAGACCACCUUUCAGCCAGGCUCGACAUCUGCAGGUGUCUGCGCUUAUGUAUAUGUUUGUGUGUGUGUGUGUGUGUGUGUGUGUGUGUGUGUGUGUGUGUUGGUAAAUAACUCCUGACUCUGUGUGUGUGUUUCUUCAGAGAGCUGGUGAAGCUCUUCAGCUUCGAGAGCAGUCACAGGAAGGAGCUGGUGCACUUCCUGAGUGGUCUGAUGACGUCACUGCAGGACCCUGCAGCUCUGAAGAGGUUCCUUCAGAAGGAGUGCCCAGGAGAACUGCCCAGUGAGGAGGAGGCAUGGGAGGUCCCUCAACCUGUAGUACCUGUACAGCCAAUACCAGGUAGAGUGUGUGUGUGUGUGAAGAGACUCUUGCGCUGACCAAUAUGACUACACUCAUUGGAAUAUAAUGACCUAAUUUAUGUAAGUAAACUGCUGACAUUCCUUGUUAAAACUCCUCUCCUCCAGUUCCAGUGGCAUCACCGGGGCCCCCGGUUGUCUCAACCCCAGAAGAUGAUUCCCGUCCUAGGCAGGAGGAUGGAGAGCAGACGCUAAUGUGUUGGCCUCCCCGCGCCUCACUCUCAAACACAGCAGCCAGUCGCACAGGUACUGAGAGUUCUGUGUGUGUGUUUCUGUGUGAAUAUAGUGUAUACCCAUAAUCCUGUAUGAUUGUAUCCUCUCAGACCGCCAGCAGACAGCAGGACCAGUGGAGGCUGUGUUGAAGAUGUGGCCCCCUCCGGCUGAACCCAAAGACAGCCCCAGCCAUGACCCCAGCUCCAUCUCCAACCACAGCCCCAGAGAGAGAGACCCAGAGAGGGAGAUGGACGCAGGGAGAGAGGGUGUCCAGAGUCAGAGCCCCCGCGAUGGCACAGCGGCGCACCUCCUACCACCACACAGAGACCACGGGCAUCCCAGCCACCUGGGUACCAUAGGUCAGACCCUCUUUGUCCUUAUUAUGGCGUAUUUAGGUGUUUAUGAUGGUAUAUGAUUAGGUGAUUGGUUGAUUUGUCGAUUGAUAAAUGUUUUGAUCAUAUGCUUGUAAGCAGUAUGGAACAGUAUUGUAAUUCUCUCCACUCCUGGUUGUUUUGCUCCACACAGAGCCCAGUCAGGAUGCAGCAGUGGAAGCAGAGCAGAACGCAGACAGAGCUGUGGCAGGUGGAGAGUCUGGAGGAGAGAGGCCCAACACUCACAGAGCCAGCCAGCACGCUGCAGGAGGCCCAGACCAGACCAGUGGACACACCCAGCAACAGUAAGACCCAUCCCCUGGCUGCAGCUUCUACACUCAGAACAUUUAGUUUUUUUGCAGUAGUCCAUUAAAUGGCGUCUUUUAAAUGUUGCUUGCUACACUACAUGACCAAAAGUAUGUGGACACCUGCUCGUCGAACAUCUCAUUCCAAAAUCAUGGGCAUUCAUAUGGAGUUGGUCCCCCCUUUGCUAUAAUAGCCUCCACUCUUCUGGGAAGGCUUUCCACUAGAUGUUGGAACAUUUCUGCAGGGACUUGCUUCCAUUCAGCCACAAGAGCAUUAGUGAGGUCGGGCACUGAUGUUGGGCGAUUAGUCCUGGCUCGCAGUCGGCAUUUCAAUUCAUCCCAAAGGUGUUUGAUGGGUUGAGGUCAGGGCUCUGUGCAAGCCAGUCAAGUUCUUCCACACCGAUCUCGAAAAAACCAUUUCUGUAUGGACCUCGCUUUGUGCACGGGGGCAUUUUCAUGCUGAAACUGGAAAAGGCCUUCCCCAAAUUGUUGCCACAAAGUUGGAAGCACAGAAUUGUCUAGAAUGUCAUUGUGUGCUGUAGCGUUAAGAUUUCCCUUCAAUGGAACUAAGGGUUUUGAACCAUGAAAAACAGCCCCAGACCAUUAUUCCUCCUCCACCAAACUUUACAGUUGGCACUAUGCGUUGGGGCAGGUAGCGUUCUCCUGGCAUCCGCCAAAACCAGAUUCAUCCGUCGGACUGCCAGAUGGUGAAGCGUGAUUCAUCACUCAAGAGAAUGCUUUUCCACUGCUCCAGAGUCCAAUGGCGGCGAGCUUUACACCACUCCAGCCGAUGUUGGCAUUGUGCAUGAUGAUCUUAGGCUUGUGUGCGACUGCUCGGCCAUGGAAACCCAUUUCAUGAAGCUCCCGACAAACAGUUAUUGUGCUGACGUUGCUUCCAGAGGCAGUUUGGAACUCGCUAGUCAUUGUUGGAACCGAGGACAGACGAUUUUUCCGUGCUUCAGCACUCCGCUGUCCCGUUCUGUGAGCUUGUGUGGCGUACCACUUCGCAGCUGAGCCGUUUUUGCUCCUAGACGUUUCCACUUCACAAUAACAGCACUUACAGUUGACCUGGGCAGCUCUAGCAGGGCAUCCUAUGACAGUUCCACGUUGAAAGUCACUGAGCUCUUCAUUAAGGCCAUUCUACUGCCAAUGUUUGUCUAUAGAGAUUGCAUGGCUGUGUGCUCGAUUUUAUACACCUGUCAGCAACGGGUGUGGCUGAAAUAGCCGAAUCCACUCAUUUGAAAGGGUGUCCACAUACUUUUGUAAAGUGUACAUAUGAAGUGGGUAAAACAGUAUGUAAACAUUAUUAAAGUGACCAGUGUUCCAUGUCUAUGUACAUAGGCAGCAGCCUCUAAGGUGCAGGGUUGAGUAACCGGGUUGUAGCCGGCUAGUGACAGUAAUUUAAGUUCAGGGCAGGGUACUGGGCAGAGACCGGCUAGUGUUGACUAUUUAACAGUCUGAUGGCCUUCAGAUAGCAGCUGUUUUUCAGUCUCUCGGUCCCGGCUUUGAUACACCUGUACUGACCUCCCUCUUUCUCCCGCCUCCCCCAGAUUCAGUGCCACAAUUCCAGAGGGGGUGGUGUCCAGUGUGUUCCAGGGGGCUAGCCAGCGUCCUCCCCUGGCCCUGGACUCACCUGUUUGGGCUAAACCUCAGCAUCCUCAGGCCCUCCUGGAGGACCUGCAGCUUGACUGCCAGAGACCUUCCACAGUGAGUGACUGAUCACACAUUUAUGAUGAUUUAUAAACACACACAUUAGGAGGAUCAUCCCGCUGUUUCGAAAUCAUCAUCAACAACAUAAUUCUAAGGGAGGACAGGGCAUACAUUGGAAAGUGCAAAUGUUGUUGUUGAUUUCUAUAAGCAGGAAGUCACCCUGCUGUAUAUGAUGAUGUCAUAUUGCUGAGUGUACCUUUUUUAAAAAGGUGUAUUUCCAUGUGUGUCCUGUAGGUACUGUUUUCUGACGAUCAGGGGGACACGGUGGCCAUCGGGGAGUGGGGCGAGCAGCUGGUCUUCUCCUUCCUCUGUCACUGGAGAGACAGCCAGGCCCCCGGGGGGCCCAUCCUGGUCACCUGGUACAACCAGCACAGAGAGAGCGGCCAGCCCUACGACUUCAAACUCACCUUCAACCUCACCCAGGAGGGGGAGGCAAGAGAGGGGGAGGCAGGAGAGGGGGAGGAAAAGGAGGAGAAACAAGAGAAGAAGCAAGGGAUGGUAGUGAGAGAGGUGUUUGUGGAGGUGAAGUCAACGGUGAAGAAGGACAAAGCGUUCAUCCACCUCUCAGCCAACGAGCUGGACUUGGCCCUGAGGGAGAGGGAGAGGUAUCACGUGUUCAGGGUGUACAACGCAGGCGACUCCGAAAAGGUCCGUCUAUGUCGUAUACAGAACCUGGCCCAACACCUCCAUGCUAAAGACCUGGAGCUCUUCCUAUUUGUCUAGGAGAGAUGAUGGGGCACCCUAUUCCCUAUAUAGUGCCCUAGCCAAAAUAAGUGCACUAUAUAAGGAAUAGGGUGCCAUUUUGGACCAAGACAAGUUGUCUUUCUUCCUGACUGUGUCUUUUAAUGUCCCUCCAGUAACAUUUGGAUUCAGGUCUGUUGAACAUACCAUUUGAUACCAUAAUGUAGAUGCCACUUUUGUUCAAUUUAAUACCAUAAAAAAUACUUACUUUAUUAACUCAAUUCCCUAGUGAAUGACAAGACGAAUACCAGCUGAAACAACUGUCAUUUAUUUCCUGAGUGUGUCUUAUCUUUGGUAACAUUUGUGUUGAUGUCUGUUGAAAAAAGUUGCUUCCCUUAGUUUAUUAACUGUUUAUUUUAUCAUGCGAGGUGUUUUUAUCUACCUCUGUGUAAGAGGGGUCGGGUUUCUAUGUUCUAGCUGUUGCACUAUUGUCAGAAGGACUGCAGAGAAUACUUUUACUGGAAACUGUUUUACAUGGAUUUGUGCUGCCUUUUAAACAACCUUUUAAAUGCACAGAUUUUCUUAUAAGAAUCUUUUAUAGUUUGGAGAUGUGUUGAAUCUUGACUGAUCCGAUGUAAGUGAACAUACACUUAUGAAAUAUUAGUUUUAUGCCCUGUUCUCCAUCCCAAGCAAGUGACAGGACAUUCUCUAGUAUUCAGUCAGUUAUAUUGUAAUGUCAUACUGGACUGUGAGUUAUGUUAUACAGUUUCGAAACCAAGAUGAGGUGUUUGAUUCAAACAGAAUAUUUUAUUUUUGUCUGUUCUCAACCCAAAAAAACGGAAAAUACUGAACAACCGUUGGCGUUAGAUUUGUUUUAUCACUUCUCUUAUCAUUCGUUUGAAAAAUAAAAACAUUUCCCCCUGUAAUAUGGGGGCAAAAAUAGUCUAAAUGUAAUUUAUUUUGUACCAUUUUGUUUCUCUGAUCUUUGGAAAGUAAUCAUAGGCUCUAAGUCUAGGUGCUGCGACUCACAGAAUGCUAGCACAGCGUUGUGACGCAAAUGCACACACACACACACACACACACACACACACCUCUUUGCUCUUUUCAGCAAACUUCGUGUAUUUGUGUGUGACAUCCAGACCCUGUAGAAACAGAACGGUUUAGAGGCCUCUCUGUACCAGAGGAUUAAGUGAUUAUGAUGAGUGUGUGUGUGAAGAUAAACCAUGCAGAAACGGAGCAGAGCAGGCUGCCAGACCAGACCGGCGCAACACACACAAGGCUCACACCGUUCCUCCUUGAUUACUGUAUAAUAAAGAACAGACCUCCAUUGACAGGACAUAGAUAUAUACAGUGGGGAAAAAAAGUAUUUAGUCAGCCACCAAUUGUGCAAGUUCUCCCACUUAAAAAGAUGAGAGAGGCCUGUAAUUUUCAUCAUAGGUACACGUCAACUAUGACAGACAAAUUGAGGAAAAAAAAUCCAGAAAAUCACAUUGUAGGAUUUUUAAUGAAUUUAUUUGCAAAUUAUGGUGGAAAAUAAGUAUUUGGUCACCUACAAACAAGCAAGAUUCUGGCUCUCACAGACCUGUAACUUCUUCUUUAAGAGGCUCCUCUGUCCUCCACUCGUUACCUGUAUUAAUGGCACCUGUUUGAACUUGUUAUCAGUAUAAAAGACACCUGUCCACAACCUCAAACAAUCACACUCCAAACUCCACUAUGGCCAAGACCAAAGAGCUGUCAAAGGACACCAGAAACAAAAUUGUAGACCUGCACCAGGCUGGGAAGACUGACUCUGCAAUAGGUAAGCAGCUUGGUUUGAAGAAAUCAACUGUGGGAGCAAUUAUUAGGAAAUGGAAGACAUACAAGACCACUGAUAAUCUCCCUCGAUCUGGGGCUCCACGCAAGAUCUCACCCCGUGGGGUCAAAAUGAUCACAAGAACGGUGAGCAAAAAUCCCAGAACCACACAGGGGGACCUAGUGAAUUACCUGCAGAGAGCUGGGACCAAAGUAACAAAGCCUACCAUCAGUAACACACUACGCCGCCAGGGACUCAAAUCCUGCAGUGCCAGACGUGUCCCCCUGCUUAAGCCAGUACAUGUCCAGGCCCAUCUGAAGUUUGCUAGAGUGCAUUUGGAUGAUCCAGAAGAGGAUUGGGAGAAUGUCAUAUGGUCAGAUGAAACCAAAAUAUAACUUUUUUGGUAAAAACUCAACUCGUCGUGUUUGGAGGACAAAGAAUGCUGAGUUGCAUUCAAAGAACACCAUACCUACUGUGAAGCAUGGGGGUGGAAACAUCAUGCUUUGGGGCUGUUUUUCUUCAAAGGGACCAGGACGACUGAUCCGUGUAAAGGAAAGAAUGAAUGGGGCCAUGUAUCGUGAGAUUUUGAGUGAAAACCUCCUUCCAUCAGCAAGAGCAUUGAAGAUGAAACGUUCAGCAUGACAAUGAUCCCAAACACACCGCCUGGGCAACGAAGGAGUGGCUUCGUAAGAAGCAUUUCAAGGUCCUGGAGUGGUCUAGCCAGUCUCCAGAUCUCAACCCCAUAGAAAAUCUUUGGAGGGAGUUGAAAGUCCAUGUUGCCCAGCGACAGCCCCAAAACAUCACUGCUCUAGAGGAGAUCUGCAUGGAGGAAUGGGCCAAAAUACCAGCAACAGUGUGUGAAAACCUUGUGAAGACUUACAGAAAACGUUUGACCUGUGUCAUUGCCAACAAAGGGUAUAUAACAAAGUAUUGAGAAACUUUUGUUAUUGACCAAAUACUUAUUUUCCACCAUAAUUUGCAAAUAAAUUCAUAAAAAAUCCUACAAUGUGAUUUUCUGGAUUUUUUUUCCUCAUUUUGUCUGUCAUAGUUGACGUGUACCUAUGAUGAAAAUUACAGGCCUCUCUCAUCUUUUUAAGUGGGAGAACUUGCACAAUUGGUGGCUGACUAAAUACUUUUUCCCCCCACUGUAUGUAUAUAUAUAUAUAUAUAUAUAUAUAUAUAUAUAUAUAUAUAUACACACACACAGUCAUAUCUGUUCUUGUGAUGCAACCUGUUGGUAACACCACAACCGAGAUGGUAAUGAUAUGUUACUAGGCCUAAUAACAGUGACCGUUUAGUGCAUCAGGUGCAACAGUCUAAGGUGGAUUCCUCUUGCUUUUCCUUCAUCUGCAGUGAUCUGAAAGAACUGGACAGGUAAUAUCAAAGUCCUACUGUAGAGGACAUUCUCCUGUUUUCAGAUCAGUUAUCAGCCUAAACUAAGAUGAUGGAGAGGCAGCCACUGUUUGUUACACAAGACUGUCAUUCAUCCAUUGUGCCCCCUUCCUUGAUCAAGGGAUGUAGUGGCAAAGCUGGCAUUGCUUGAAAUAGUUCCAAUUGUGCUGAUCAUAGUGGUAAUAUGAAACGAUGUCCAUCCUAGUCCUACUAUAAAAAUACCUAAUUUUGAGAUAUAGCCCAUCACUUUCCAUGACUUGAAUCCCUGUAAGGCCAUAGCCCUCCCAGUUCCUCCCAAUACCUUUAACAACAGUCAACCGAUAAAUUCACGCCUCAUUCCUCCCUUUCCUUUCCCAGUUUAACUCGCUAAUCUGUACGGAGACAGCGAGGACGGUCGCUCCAGUCCAGGCGUGCAAGCAGGGUCCGCUGCUAUUGGUUGAGGUGGAAAAGGGGCUGGCGCCUCCUCUCGGAUCCUCUCAUCCAGAAGCGAUGCGGAGACAAUAGGACUGGAGCUAGAGGAGCCUGCGAAAGGGCUAGCGGUCCGCUGAGCAAUGCGAAUUUACCGCUAGACCGGGUGUCAAUAGUACGAUAAGGUCAAUUUGAAUGCAGACGGAGAACAUACAUUUUUAUAUCAAACCGCACGGCUAUGCGCUACUAUCAUCCUCACGAUUUGUUAUUUAUCUGGCGUGACUGGGCGGAAUUCAGAGUCCUCCUAUGUUGGACGGAUUGAAUGGUGAGUAUCCUAUUGCAGAAUGAGAAGUAACUGAUAAUGAAUUAUCUAAACAAUGUAGAAUCUUCCACUGCUGCUGCGGAAUGGGUUAUGCGCAUUUGACUGGCACGAAAUGCGACUUCUGCUUGCAAGGCUACUGCUGCAAGGUGUCAGUCACUUGAAACAAUGUUGUUGCUUUUGUAUUUCUGUGCUAAUUAUUUAUAGCCGUCCUCUGCACUGGAUGCAAUGUCUUCUGAUGUUUAUUAUGAGCUUGCGUAAAUGUGUACCUGGAUCAUGCCAGGGAUGUGUAGUGGAUAACAUAAUCCAUUAUAUCCGACAAUUUAUAUAUGUUUUGCCUCUAUUCGCAAUGUGGUUAUCUUGAUUUGUUCUAGGCUUACACUCAUGUAUGUCAAUUAAUUCCUUAUCAAGUGCUCUCUCUCUCACGCGCGCGCAAUGACAGUCACUUUACAUCAUAUUGACUGUUUUCCAGUAUCUAUUUCUUCGUCAGCUCUCUCUCCUUAUUUAUCUCUCGCUCUCGCUCUCUCUCUGACGGUCACUUACUUGUUCUUCACACCUGCAGGUGUCGAGGACAGAGCAGACAGAGUCAUAG